AUGAUUCGCUAUGUGCUCACAUUGAUUGUCAGUGUGCUCAGCGCCCGGGGACUGCGGGGACUGCCGGCUGCUCAAGGUGAGUCAAGUGCAGCUUACUGCGGGCACCUACCGGGGUGGGGGGCACUGUGCUAAACCCGGGGGGUGGGGGACACUAUGCUAAACCCAGGGGCCAGAGGAGCCAGCCAGCGCUGUACUGCACCCAGGGGCCAGAGGAGCCAGCCAGCGCUGUACUGCACCCAGGGGCCAGCCAGCGCUUAAUUGCACCCAGGGGCCAGCCAGCGCUUAAUUGCACCCAGGGGCCAGCCAGCGCUGUACUGCACACAGGGGCCAGAGGGGCCAGCCAGCGCUGUACUGUUAUCCUAGCAUCCCCGUCAACAGCACUCAUUGGGACAUGAUCUGUACCCAUAGGGGUAUCCUCACCAUCCAUAAGGACAUUGUCAACACCUACAGCAUCACCAUCACAUUAGCACCCUCAGUGAUUUUAGCACCCAUAGGGACCUCCCAUAUCAGCUCCUCAGUAUCUUAUGUGCACCUUUAUCCUCUGCACCCACAGACACACUAUCUCCCUUAUCCCCUGCAUCAUCACUCCUAUCUGCAUCAGCACCCAAAGCAACACCAUCAGUACCAACUAAUUGUCACAAGCACCAGCCUGUUCCAGUUAGGGCUAUAUAGCAGGAGCAGUCAAUGUAAAAUAAGGCUGUACAAGCACAAUCCAACUUCCGCAAGUUGCCUUUUCUACUCCUAGCUCUGCAUUUUGCUUUUAAUCAUUGUCAUUUGUAGACAUGUUGGGAAGAUCGAUUUACUGCUUUAUGUAUGUCCUCCUUCUUAAAGGGUCAUAUUGUAGGGUGAGCCAACAUUUAUAUUGUAUUGGAAAUGUCUUUUAAUCUAGCAAGCAGGAAGGGUUAUGAGGAGAAAUGUACAAUGUUUUAGAAAUCCUGCAGUUAAAAAUGUAACUGAAUGGUUUAUCCUUAAUGCUUUUUUUAAAUGCCCCAUCCCAUUACAGGGUUUGUUGCAUUUGAUUCAUUUGUAUUCAUGCCAUUGCUAAACUCCUAUCUCAAUGUCUGUAGACUGGGAUUUCCAUAGAACCUCUUGCCAAUCUUACUACAGGGAAGAUCAAAUGGUUGAAACAAAUUGUAAAAGCAUCAUGGGUAUUCUAGUUCUAAAGAAGUUGGAGUUCCACCCUCUGACCACCCCUGCUUUGCUACCUCUUACUGUGCAUCCAGUUAUAUAGAGCAGAAGGCAAUGCUUCUCUCCAGGGUCACUCACAGGCACUGGCUUCAUGCAGUUCAUGAUUGAUAAGUGGCUUCUGAUAAUAGUAUAAACUAUAAAUAGAAGCACUGGCCCAGGGGGCGACUGUCACCCGCUAACCCGCUGCCUGUCAUUGUUGCGGACGAGACUGGCUGACUUAAUGAGCUGUUUAUUGAGCAGGAAUGCCUCUUCUUUUUUUUUUUUUUUCUUUUUUUUUUUUAAGUGCAAAUGAGGACAUGAUACAUUUGUUUAAUUCAGUUUCGGAAUGUUGCUAUAGAUAGGAUAGGACAAGGUGCAAUUUUAUAUCCCUCGUAGGUAACAUUUCCCUUGUCAGAGGGCAGAGUCUUACUCUGUGGCACUAAAAGGGUUAAUGAUUUGUAAGUAGACUCAUUCCAUUUCUGACAGAUGUGUGGUAGGAUUUACUCACACAAGUAUGUAAUUUUACGUGGAGGUGUGAAUGUACCAUAUGGAAUCAUUCAGACGCUGUAAUGUGGGGGGUAUCUCAUAAAGUAAUAUAGAGGUCACUCUUCACAAUAGUACUAACAUAGCAGCAGGCCAGUGCAGGGAUUUAUUUAGCCACCUUAGAUGUAAUUGGUUCAGGGGGUGGGCAAGUUGAUCUCUGGCAAGGUUAUGAAAGGGGGUGAGUGUUCCCCAAAACACAGACCUCAUCCCUUUUGAGAGUGGUGUGAAUCCGAUAAAGUUCUUGUUCCCUCCAAAUGAUGGAGAGCUGUCCAUGGUGAUGCUAGGUCGCUCACCAUUCAGGGACAACAGUAGAAGACAGUAUGUGAAUUGAAUUUAAGAAUGAACCCCAUUGGAACAGGCCCCACUAGCUGUGCCAGUGGCAGAUUGUUUUUUUUUUUUUUUUGGAGUGAUACGUCACUCACAGUGCAUUUAUUAGCAUAUGUUUGAGUUUAACACUUGGGGUGUUAGAGCAGUAUAUAGCACCAAGCUGUGUCCUGCUGUACCCACAUGGUAUUUAAAGGGCACAGCACAUCAGCUGGUUUUAGAUUUAUUCAGGGAACUGGUAGAUUUCAGGUUUGUGUUUCGCUGCCCUAGAUGAUGCCCCAGUUAACUAUGAUUGUUGUAUUUCUGGACUGUAGGGGUCCAUGCUCCAUUAUUCAUAAGUGAGAACUGGUAAAGUAAGCUCAGUUUUGCACUUAGUAUGGACUAUAUCCCUCCUCCUAAUUUGGAGAGAGGGGGUAUUUAACCCUGUCAGUCUUCUCACUCAAGUUGGCAUUCGUUGGGUCAGGGCUUGAACCACUUCAAAUGCCACAAACUCACUGUAUGUGGAUAUUCAUUUUACAGUGCCUCUCUUCAGAUUUGAUGGAUAUCUUGUGAAAACCCUUGUCGGUUCUGCAGGUGCCUGCAGAAGAGGGGUUAACUAGAUGUAGGUCGGGCGUUGCAAUCUAAUUUCCAGGCUGUGGUUCCCGUGCUCUUGAUCGAUGACAACUUGAAGUUCCUGUCCGUAAUUGCAGAGAUUCGUCUUGAUCUAAGGUGACUCUGAGUGCAAAAUUCCCAUCCACAUGCCUGAAACACAAGGAUAAUUGUAAAAGGUGUCGACAAGUUGUAUAUAAAUAAGCCGUGGAUCUGAACUAAAACACAAGAUUUUUUUUUUUAAUGUAUAACAGGAUAUGUUAACAAUAGCUUCUGCUAAGUGGGAUAAAAAUGGCUGUAGCGGAAAUGAUAAUGCAUUGUUGGGAAAGUGGGAUGUGUUGACCGGAAAAUGAGGUAAUGAUGUAUUUAUCGUGAGAAUCUAGAAUGAAUGGUGCACAUUGAAUACCCCAUUCCAUACCAGAGAAAUGCAGCAGUGAAUUUGUGACUAGAAUGUGCAAAAAUGACAGCUCCAAGGGGGAGUUCCAGCUAAUAAUCUCAUGUUCCUCCCAAAAAUGAUCUCUACCAUGAAUACUUUCACAAACUUUUUUUAUUUAUUUUUUUUUUUUUAUUCUGUAUUGCAGAUAAAAUUCUGUUAUUUGGCUUUGUUUAUAUUUCCCCCCCCAGUCAAUCUGUUUUUAUAUUAAGUUAUUGGUGCAUAAAUACUACUUUAUAUUUCUUUCCGUGAUAUUUCUUCCUAGUUGCAAUAUCAAGAUUUGAAAUGCCUUUCCUUGCAGUGUAACUUGAUUGAUGGUUGAGGCUGGCCAAUUGUCAAGUUACCUAUAGUGUGGGAUGUGAAAAGUGCAUAAGUGAAAUUAAUACUCUAAUGCAGUGGUUCCCAACCCAGUCCUCAAGUACCCCCUAACAACAAUCCAGGAUUUAGGGAUUACCCUGUUGUGUCUAAGGUGUUUUUGAAGAAGGGGAAAAAAAUAAAUAAAUUAGACACAACAGGGUAAUUCCUAUAUCUUGGACUGGUAGGGGGUACUUGAAGAAUGGGUUGGGAACCCUUGCUUGAACGUAUCCUUACUGAGCCUACAGCAGAAGAGGUUAUAAGAUAAAGUGUUGUCUUCUUUACCUUACAAUAAUUUUACAACUGGUCUAUUGUUCAGAAACCUGAAUAAAUGCUGCAUGUAGAGAUUUUGAUAACAGAUUUUACUAAUAAAAAAACCCCAAAUAAUUAUCUAAGUGUUACUAUGUCCAUAUGUUACUUAUUUGUAAAAGCAUGGAGCCAAACUUAGCAACUGAUACGUUUUGUCUUUUCGCAGUCAAUUAAGAGAGCUCCCUUAAAUUCUGUACAUAAGCCAAGUCUGAGGCGGGCCAUCGGGUGGCCCAUGCCUAUAGGGCCAUCCGAUGGCAAUGUGUCUUCAGGGACCCGAUCUGUGCUGCGGUGCUUUAAGAGUGCGACCGGGCCCCUAUAAUGUCAUUGUUGGGAGGAAGUGUCAGCCAGCUGGCCACUUCCUCGCAGCUAUCAAAGAGCCAUGCGGGAGGAAGACCGCGAGGAGGGGAGUGCAGCAUGGGAGAUCCUUUUACUCCCAACAUCCUGAUCCAGCUGAUAUUACCCCAGGGAAGUACCCUAAAGAUAGGAAACAGGAGGGAGGGUGGCUGAAUAAUGUUCAUUUUGCCUGUGUAUCUAUUUGUCUUUUUUUUUGUAACUGUGUAUUUGCAUGUGUGACUGUUUGUGUAUGUGUGUCUCUGUAUCUGCAUGUUUGUCCCCUGUGUAUCUGUGUGUGUCAGUGUAUGUAUGAGUGCCAUUCUGUGUAUGUGCCUAAAUCUCUGCAUUCAAACACCAACACUACACAAAAAUACUGUAUUUUUGCUCCAUAAGACGCACCUAGUUUUUAGAGGAGGAAACACAGGGAAAAAAAAUAUUUUCUUACUAUGGGACAGUUUGUUCAGAAUAUAUAUAUAUAUAUAUAUAUAUUUAUAUUUAUUUUUUUUCUCCCCGUCCCAUAGUGUUCCUUACCACCCACUCCCCUCUCCUGUCCCAUAGUGAUCUUUAAACCCCUCCUCUCCUGUCCCAUAGGGAAUUUUAACCCCUCCUCUGUCCCAUAGCGAAUUUUAACCCCCUCCUCCCCUUGUCCAAGUGUUCUUUUUAAUCCCCCUCCUCCCCUUGUCCAAGUGUUCUUUUUAACCCCCCCUCCUUCCCUUGUCCAAUAAUAAAUUACCUGUCUUGUAGCGUGGGCCGGCUUAACAGCGCACACCGUGGUACAGUAACUUCAAUUUCAGGUUCCGGUUUCUGGCGUGACUGAAAGGAAGUGUGCACACCUGCAUGGAGUGUAGUAUGCAGUACUGGAGACGUUAUCUCCAGAAGGAUAUUGGUACUUUAGAGAGCAUUCAGAGAAGGGCUAUUUGACUGGUUCAUGGAUUGCAGAAUAAAAUUUACAAGGAAAGGUUAAAGGAUCUUAACAUGUAUAACUUGGAGGAAAGACGAGACAGGGGGGAUAUGAUAGAAACAUUUAAAUACAUAAAGGGAAUUGUGACACACUGCCUGCCACCCUAACCAGGUACCUCUGUCAAUUGAUGCUCCUAAUGCUCACCGAGGACUCCAAGCACUCCACCAGACACAAUUAGCCCCGUAGACCCCCAAACUGCUUGGUCAGGGUCUUGCUGUUCUCCACCCACUCUGGACCCAAGACCAGGAUCUAGCUUCCAGUGGGUGAACCUCUCCUACUCCAGAAAGCGUAGCAGGAACAGCUCUAAUAAGAGCUAGUGAUUAUACCCAGGGUAGGAUUAUGAUAUAGCAACACCCAGAGUGAAUAUAGCUGUCCCCUCCACACAUGAGACGAGGCUAUAUGUUGAGGGUGAAGAGGAACUGAUUUUAAUGGUGCCACACUUGGCCUUAUCUGACCAUCCCCAUGCAAGGGGUACGCCCACAUGGACCUUGUGGGGAACUGAGUUACAAUAUUCACAGACCAAUAAGAACCAUAUUCCAAUGCCUGACCCUCCCACACACAGCAUACAAUCCCUCCCCUCUGCCUGGGAGAUAAUUGAGUCAGACAGUGUAUUAUCCCAAUUAUCUCCAGCCAGAGAAAACACCUGUUUCUAUAAAGUCUCAAAAGUACCCCAAAAUACAUAAUAUCCCACAAAUGUUACAUCCCACUGAUAGCUCUGAUCUGGGUGACAAACAUAUCCAUAAAUCACCCAGAUCAGUUCAGGGGUUCAGGAAUUUCCUGGAAGUCAUGGUUUUUACUGCGAACCGUGAAGUCUUCAUGCCAAAAAUAGUUCCAGGGCAUUCGCGGUUAAGUCUCCCUGAAGUCUAUUCGUGGUUUUGGUCCAUGCAAAUGGCCGCCAGGGAGCUAGCGUUCCCUCCAAGCACCCGUGACGAGGUUCAUUUCUAAACAUUUCCUCCCCCCCCCCUCCCAAGUAAAGACUAACCAGGUACCUGACCUUCUGUCGGUCGGCACUUGAGUUAGUCGAGUAGCCCACCCAUACACAUCUACUUGACCUGGUGCUCUGUACCGUAUGUCCCAGGUUGCUGAGUGGGUGUCUGUCAACCCCGACUUCCCUUGUGCUUCCAGGCAUGGAGCCGUGAGUACCUGGUGGGCAGAGGCCAGCGGCCGUCUCAUCCACUAACCCCAGUACCCGGUUGGGAAUUUGAUGUGGAGAGGGAGGAUCGCCUACCUCCUCCUCCUGGUAUUCCUGCAGGGUUGGUUGAGGAUCUGGACCGGCCAUCCAAUAUCUCUGUAAGUUUGGUGCAGAGAUGACUGUCCCAUUUGCACCAUUGGGGUCAGAGGUGCUGUCCCCCUGUAAUUGGGAAGAGGGACCAACUGUCUCCUCUCAUGGUAUAUCCAGCUGCCGCUGGGGGGGGGACACACACAGUCUGUCUCCUCUCCCUGUAACACACACUGCGCUGGGGAGUGAGACCGACCGUCUCUUCUCCCACCAACACACUCUGCUGCUGGGGAGGAAGGACGACACCCUCCGCUACCUGUACUGCACACGGCUGCUGGGGAGUGAAACAUAGAAUGUGACAACAGAUAAGAACCAUUCGGCCCAUCUAGUUUGCCCAAUUUUCUAAAUACUCUCAUUAGUCCCUGGCCUUAUCUUAUAUCUAGGAUCCCCUUAUGCCUAUCCCACGCAUGCUUAAACUCCUUUACUGUGUUAACCUCUACCACUUCACCUGGAAGGCUAUUCCAUGCAUCCACUACCCUCUCAGUAAAGUAAUACUUCCUAAAUUAAAUUUUUAAACCUUUGCCCCUCUAAUUUAAGACUGUCCUCUUGUUGUGGUAGUUUUUCUUCUUUUAAAUAUAGUCUCCUCCUUUACUGUGUUGAUUCCUUUUAUGAAUUUAAAUGUUUCUAUCAUAUUCAUAUGUUAAGAUCCUUUAACCUUUCCUGGUAAGAUUUUUAUCCUGCAAUCCAUGAACAAGGUUAGUAGCCCUUCUCUGAACUCUCUCUAAAGUAUCAAUAUCCUUCUGAAGAUACGGUCUCCAGUACUGCGUACAAUACUCCAAGUGAGGUCUCACCAGUGUUCUGUACAAUGGCAUGAGCACUUCCCUCUUUCUACUGCUAAUACCUCUUCCUAUACAACCAAGCAUUCUGCUAGCAUUUCCUGCUGCUCUUUUACAUUGUCUGCCUAACUUUAAGUCAUCAGAAAUAAUCACCCCUAAAUCCCUUUCCUCAGAUGUUGAGGUUAGGACGCUAUCAAAUAUUCUGUACUCUGCCCUUGGGUUUUACGUCCAAGAUGCAUUAUCUUGCACUUAUGCACGUUACAUGUCAGUUGCCACAACUCUGACCAUUUUUCUAGUUUACCUAAAUCAUUUGCCAUUUGCCUUAUCCUUCCUGGAACAUCAACCUUGUUACAUAUCUUAGUAUCAUCAGCAAAAGACAUACCUUACCAUCAAGACAUUCUGCAAUAUCACUAAUAAAAAUAUUAAAGAGAAUGGGUCCAAGUACAGAUCCCAGAGGUACCCCACUGGUGACAAGCCCAAGCUUUGAAUAUACUCCAUUGACUACAACCCUCUGUUGCCUGUCACUCAGCCACUGCCUUACCCAUUCAACAAUAUUGGAAUCCAAACUUAAAGAGUGCAGUUUAUUGAUAAGCCUUCUAUGUGCAACAGUGUCAAAAGCCUUACUGAAAUCUAGGUAAGCAAUGUCUACCACACCACCCUGAUCUAUUAUUUUAGUAACCCAAUAAAAAAAAUACAAAAAUUAAUAAGAUUAGUUUGGCAUGAUCUCCCUGAAGUGAACCCAUGUUGUCUCUGAUCUUGAAAUCCAUGUGAUUUUAGAUGUUCAACAAUCCUAUCCUUUAACAUGGUUUCCAUUACUUUCCCCACUACUGAAGUAAGGCUUACUGGCCUAUAGUUACCCGACUCCUCCCUAUUACCUUUCUUGUGAAUGGGCACAACAUUCGCUUACUUACAAUCUUCUGGGACUACUGUUAACAAUGAUUGGUUAAAUAUAUCUGUUAAUGGUUUUGUUAGUACGCCAUUAAGCUCUUUUAAUAACUUUGGGUGUAUUCCAUCAGGUCCCAUUGACUUAUUUGUCUUUACUUUUGACAGUUGAAAUAGAAUCUCUUCCUCUGUAAACUCACAUGUAACAAAUGCCUCAUUUGUCCUUUUUCCUAAUUGAGGCCCCUUUCCUUCAUUUUAAUCUGUAAAUUCAGAAUAUAAAUAUUUAUUGAGGCCGUCAGCUAGACCGUUAUCCUCUUCUACACACCUACCUUCUUUUGUUUUUUAUCUAACUAAUCCUUGUUUUACUUUCCUUUUUUCAUUUUUGUAUCUAAAAAAUGUUUUGUCCCCCCUUUUUUACUGACUGUGCUAUUUUCUCUUCUGUGUGUGAUUUAGAAGCUCUUAUAACUUGCUUAACCUCUUUCUGCAUAAUCUUAUAAAUAUAAAUCAUUCUGUCUUCCUCACUCUGGGUUUUUUUAUUUAUUUAUAAUUACUAAAUGCUAAUUUAAAAAAAAAAAAUUUUUUAUUUUUUUUAAAUUUUUUUUACUAUUUUGGCCACAUCUGCAGAGUACCCCAGUGGUUUCUUGACUUUUUUGCUUUUACUGAUAAGCCUAAUGCAAUCUGUUGCCAUUAGCAGUGUAACUUUUAAAUAAUCCCAUUUCUCUUGGACUCCAUUUAAACUGCUCCAGUCUGAUAAUGACUCCUUUACACAUAUUCUAAUUUUCGAAAAGUUUGUUUUUCUAACGUCUAAAACUUUUUUUUCUUGUGUGGUGUGACUCAGUCACUGUUCUUGUAUUAAAUCACACUGACUGAUGAUCACUGGUUACUAAAAGUUCACCUACUGUAAGAUCUGAUACCAAAUCUCGAUUUGUUAACACUAAAUCUAGUAUGGCCUCUUUACGAGUUGGCUCCUCAACAACUUGUUUUAGAGACAAUCCCAGUAGGGAGUUUAGAAUAUGUGUACUCCUGACACAAGUAGCUAAUUUUGUUUUUUCCAAUUUACAUCAGGAAGAUUAGUCACCCAUGAUUAUAACUUCCCCCUUCAUUGUCAUUUUAGCUAUUUCCUCAACUAGUAGAUUAUCUAACUCUUCUAUUUGUCCUGGGGGGCCUAAAAAUCACACCUACACGAGUUACUGUGUGAUUACCAAAUUCUAACGUAAGCCAAACGGACUCUAUGUUCACCUCACUAACUUUUAUUAUGCUAGAUUUUAUGCUAUCCUUCACAUACAGGGCAACUCCUCCCCCUUUCUUGCCUUCCCUGCCUUUUCUAUACAAAGAGUAUCCUGGUAUUGCUAUGUCCCAGUCAUUUUUCUCAUUAUACCAUGUCUUAGUAACAGAUCUACAAGGUCUAGUUACGCCUGCCACUGCGGUCUGGACCUUGCGGUUUCCAGUUUACCGUCUGGAAGGGAGUACAGUGCUGUGCUGCUCCCCUUUUGCCGCUGUAUGUAGCAUGGCCAAGCAGUCUUACAGGAAGUGCUCACUAAGAGGGCAGUUCCUGACAGAAGGGUACCACAGCGAGCAGGUACCACGUGUGAGUGGGGCAGAGACACAUGUCUGAAACACAUGGAGGGGCUGGUGUGGGGGGGGAGGAGAGUGAGACACAUCAGUGGGAGCUCCAGGCCAAUUUUUUACACCGGUGUCCAGUGGUUCACGCCUCCUGGUUCUAAAUGAAAAUUUAAGUUGGUCAUUGAGUUUGUGUUAGUCAUUGAGUUUGAAAUGCUUGCUGUAAAGAGACCAAACUUUUAAAAUAAAUUGAGAUUCAAAAGAAGUUCAUUGAAUGCUCUCCUUUGAGGUAAUCUAUCGCUAUAAGGUUGGAGAUGCAACGCGAUGAGGAAAUCUGAAAGGAGUGUGUGUGUAUAUAUUUUUUUGUAAUUUUUGUAAUUUUAGAAGGCACAAGAAAAUGAACAGAUCUACAUUUAGUGGCAUUUGGAGUUUGUUACGGUUGUCUCGCACAAUAAGCGGUAACGUGCUUAAAGGGACACUCCACUGGCCAAAUACAAAAAUUAAUCACUGUUUAGUAGAUAUAAUCUCAAUGAAAACAUGCAUGGAUUUAAUUAUGCAUUUUUCUUCCCCAACGGGGUAUAUCUAAGACAGCUUGCAAAAGCUGCAGAUCUCUUGUCUGCAGCCUUUAGAAGCUCUCCCUUUCUAAUCCCAUCCAGAUUUUCUGUGGCUGCCCAAUCACAGACUUUCCAAUGCAGCUUAAUUAGAAGUCUUUUCAAGACAGGUGCUCUGGACAAAUGCUGCCUCUUGAGUUUAGCUUUGCAAGUAUUGGGUAAGGCAUAAGUGUAUCACACUUUUUUUUUUUAAAGUAAUGAAAGAAAAGGAAAAUUGUUCAUGCUAGCUUAACUUGCCUAUACUUUGAAACACACAACAUACGAGAUAGGAGAGAAGUCAGUUAUGGUGAGUGUGAGACAGAAUAUGCAAUGAAUAAACCUUGAGAAUUACUGACAUAAGGCUCAUUCUUGACAGACUAUGCUAGUGUGCUUACGAUUUUCUAGAUUUGAAAACUAUUACGGUAAAGCAUAUGAUGCAGAAGUUUAAAAAUAAUAAAAUGUGAAAAACAUGCUGACAAAACACCUGAAACUAGGACUGAGCACUGGCAAAUCCGUCCACAGGUGGGUUGUAUGUCCAGGAUGCUAUGAUUGGGCAGUAGUCCCAGAAAAUGCUGCAUAAGCGAGAAAUGAUAAGCAAGGUAAGUAAUUCAGCUGAUGCCCCUCUGUGAGGCUGAUUCCGGCAAUGUGCCAGGUGUUCCCAAUGGAGACUGCCUCCAGGCUUCCCAGGGGUAUAGCAGAUGGGAGCUCCAUGCAGGUAUCGGUGCAUAGGGACAAGCUUGCCCCAGAACAGUCCCUUUCACAGUUGGGAGGCAGGUGCCACUCUGGUGUCUCAUUCAUCUCCUGUUUUGGACCCAUAUAUGCGUCAAGCCUACUGAGCUUUCCCAAUUUUGGCAUUUUAAACUCUCAGGGAAUACGAAGGUCUCUGUAGCAGUCCAGGGUGAUCCACCUCUGAGGUGCUAUCUGGCCAAGGGCAAGUGGUAAUGAUGCCCCACACAGCUUCAUGUUCAACAUCUGUGUGCUUCAAUCGGGGAUCCUCAUGUUGCCUUAGCUAAAAGGCUGAAUAGAUGCUGUUAAAUGCAGGGACCAGGCCUCACAUGCGCCGUGGAGUCUUUCACCGUCACUAUAUUGCAUGCAGGAGCUCAUAGCAAAGUGGGCUCAAGUCAGUCCCAGAUGAAGGUAGGUGAUAGAAAGUGCUGGGAUAUCCCUCAGGAGCCACAGGGAUGAGGUAAGUCGACAGGGUUAUAUAGAGCCAGAUUUGUAUUAGGAUUAGUUCAUAUUACUUUAUUUGCCACAAUUCAGUUAUCAGUAGAAAAUAUUGCGGCGAUGAUGUGUAUUAAUGAAACGCUUUGCAGACUUGCACGUGAACAAUUGCAAUACCUGAGGGGUCUUUGUACAGAGAACAUAGAAUAUAUGGAAAUUUUCUUCUUAGUGGUUGGUAUCACUCUGGAUCUAGAUUUAUGCAGGGUUAUGCAUGCCUGGGAACUAUCAAGAUUAAUUUUUGCAUUGCCAUAUUCACAUAUGAGAUCAAAGGGCCACAUUGUCCUAUGCCCCUGUUGGCUCCGUAUCCUGCAGAUUCCAGUGAGUGGUGGUAAAGUCAAUAGGAGCGAUCAGGGAGUGACUGAAAGCUGAUGAAAAACUACUGAGCUCACAGAGUCCUCCAUACCUCACUGACUGUGCAACUUCUCCAGCAUCUCCAAAUAUUGGCAUAGUUCCGGGAGGAGGCACUCCAGAUGGUGUGGACUACAUCUCUCACAAUGCUCUUACAGCAAUAAUGCUAUCAAAGUCCACAACAUCUGUGCCCAAGGCUGACUACCCUGGCCUAGUGAAAGACUAGAUUUGCAGGCAGAUCUUGCCCCCGUGUCUAUCUGAUCAGGGAGAUUUCAGUUUUACUCUAAUCUCUUUCAAAGAAGGGGAAGAAUGGUUGGCCUUUACUAGCUUAUGUAUGUAUGUCACUGCAACUGACGCGGACGUUUCAAGGGAAUUUAAAUUUGCAGAUCUUUCUAUUAAUACUACAACAGAGCCCUUGCAGUCCUUUGCUUGUGUUAAUCACAAGAGCUGGUUGGAGAAUGUGAUUAUGUAAGAAUGGGCCCCUCUUCUCAUCCUGAAUUGGUAUAUUCCACCAGAAGUGAACCAAGCAGUCUAGAUCCAAAAGUAGGUCUGUCAUCAUUUUGCUCACAGAAUAAUACAAUUUAGCAAAAUCUGAAGGCUUAUUUAAACUUUUCAUCAAAUUAUAGUAACAUGCAAUGUAACUGAUGACAAAAGCCAGCCAGCAGUAAAGUUAUAGUGUUUGUUUAAGCAAUGUAAGUUAAGUGUUCUUGCAUAGCAAGACCACUUAAUGUUAUCUCACAUAUAUAUUCUUAUUAUAGCCAAAUUUACCACCCUAAUUCCUCCCACAGUUUUUACACUACAUAUACAGUAAUAUACAGAAACGUGCGGAUUGUUCCCGAUUGGUGUGCUAUUACUUUGUGGAACGUUUCACGGAAUGGUUCACGAAAUAUCGUCGUUUUUGUGGCGAAGUUGGUCCCAUAGGAAUGAAUGGCAAAAUGUUCAAUACUAGAGUGGGAGCUAGCAAAAGCUGAAAAAUCAGGACAUGAUUUCUAAACUGCCACCACUACCUCGUUUUCAAGCCCACCUUCACAAAUCUUAUAUCAAAAUGUUCAGCUAUCCCUGCUGCCACUAAACAUGUCCACGGCUAAGCCAUAGUCCUGAUAGUUUUCACAAUAUGACCAUUUGUUUGCAACUCAUGCUGUCCAUUGACAUUCAUUGAAACUCCACUCUAGCCAGCUCAAAUUUGAAGGGCAAUUUCUAAACUGCAACCGUUUGAAGAUGGCAACUGCCAAAAUACUCUGACCUGUGCCAGUCUGGAGCAGUAAGUGAUGUCAUAGCCAGGGCCUUUUGUACACCUGCCAAUGUUUUUAUAAAUGUAUGUUUUAAUGUAACUGAAGCACUUUGGGCAACAACGUUGCAAGUAAAUGUGCUAUAUAAAUAAAUAAAAGUUGAAAUGCAUUUCUCACUCUAUCAAGCUUGCCAUGUGCACUUUUUAAAUUUGAUCAAUCAUUUGGUUAGUGUAAUGUUUACUAUCGUUACUCACUCCAAACAGUCCACAAAGUUACUCUGCCCAGUCCAACCUUUCCACAGUUACUCCAGCCACUCCAACCACACAAUCUAUUAGUUCCUGUUGGCAGUUGGUGGAAUGUUCAAGGGAUUUAAAAGAUUUAAAGCUCUUCUCUGCCCUGUUUAAAAUCUGUUAGUUCCUGUUGGCAGUUGGUGGAAUGUUCAAGGGAUUUAAAAGAUUUAAAGCUCUUCUCUGCCCUGUUUAAAAUCUGUUAGUUCCUGUUGGCAGUUGGUGGAAUGUUCAAGGGAUUUAAAAGAUUUAAAGCUCUUCUCUGCCCUGUUUAAAAUCUGUUAGUUCCUGUUGGCAGUUGGUGGAAUGUUCAAGGGAUUUAAAAGAUUUAAAGCUCUUAUCUGCCCUGUUUGAAAUCUGUUGGUUCCUGUUGACAGUUGGUGGAAUGUUCGAGGGAUUUGAAAGUUCUUCUCGGCCCUUGCUGUAGAGUGAGUGAACCACACUCCAACCUUUCCACAGUUACUCCAGCCACUCCAACCACACAACAAUUAUUUUGGAAACAUUUGUUGGAGAUUGUAAGGAUAUGCAGUAACAAAUAUGUCACUCCCCCCCCCAUGUCAAUCCUCCCCCUUCUUCUAUAAAUACAUUAAAAGUAGAUACAUUAGCAAAUACAGUACAAUCGUAAAUAUAAUGUAGUUUGCAAUAAUGCCCAAUAAUAAUACCAAGAACGAUGUUAUAAUUUACCAACAAAUAUACGGAGAGAGGAAUGUAGGAACUUUAAUAGAAUGAAGAAACACAGAAUGCUUUCAUAAUAGAAAGUGACCAAGUAGAAGGUUUUGUGGUAGCCAAAAUAAUUUGUAGAAAGGGGAAAUAUCCCACUGGUUGUGCCUUUCAGCUCUCGCCGAAACAAGGCAUGUAAGAUGAAGCAGUUCCUGUUUUACUAUAGCAACGCCAAAUUGGGCAAAUUAUUGGGGAGUGGUGGGGGGUGGAAACAAACCAUACUUAAAGCUGGCGUUUAAUGCAGAACCUGUUAAAUUUGAAAUAAAUAAAAACUAAUCUUUAAUAACACCUUGUAGUUGACCAAACCAUUUAAAAAAAAUAAAAAAAUAAGUUAAAUUACUCACCACCCAAAAACUACAUUAACCAACAGACCAGCUGCUGUGGGUUAUAAAAAAAUGUUAGGCUUUUAGCCCUCUCCACACAUUAACUGAUUUCUAUACCAUGCUUAAACUGUUAUUUAAAAAAAUUUUUUUUACGGAGUAGCCCUUUAAUGCAGGUCGAUUUUGGUGAGAAUUGGCAGACCAUGUUACUUAAGCUACAUAAUAACCAAAAUAAUUUGAUUUGGCCUUGCCGUCCCCAUUGUAAUGACAUUUCCUGUUGCACGGGAGAGAAGUCUAUAUAUAAUAUAGCUAUCUGAAGAACGGCUUGACUAAGUUAAUGCCGGGUACAGAAUUAGAUUCCCUGUCAAGCAAUUCAGGAACCAUUGCACUACAGAAAUCUUCAUUUGAUUGGCUCUUAUGGAUUUAUGUAUUAUGUACUCCGACUUGUAUUUCAAAUCUGAUUCAUGUGUAAGGCUGCUAGCAGAGAAACCAUUAGUUAAUUUGCUGAUGUUACAAGUAUCGUUGCUGAGCUUACCUAGGCACUGAAUCUACGCCUGUCUAGAAAAUUAACUUUACUACUAAAUGCCAAUGUCAGGCUGGCCAAUGGGAUCAUCAUAUGAACAGAUCUGUUACGAGAUCCAUCUAUCAGGGUCUUUUUAAUCAGAAUCUCUCUCUGUUUUAUUAAAUCUUAUGAAUAGCUCAUCCAAAAUGAUACAUAUUUAUUACAGUGUUAAUUAUAUAAUGGAAUCUCAAAAAAUAUUUUAAGUUUAUUUGAAAAGCUUUCCAAAAAUAUUCAAUUGAGGCACAUGAGAAAGUUGUAUAUAGUGGAGAUUUAAACAGCCUGGCUUGUUUUAAAUCACAAGAGGAUAAUUUAUAAGGAACAGCGCAAACAUUUGGAACAUUCAUUUGAUUUAUUUGUUUAUUAUAACUUUGCUAUAGAACUGUAACUGUUAUCUUUACACUGAAUCCCAUACUUUAAUAUGUUUCGGAGAUUAUAUGGGGAGAUGACUUUGCUAUAGGACUGUAACUGUUAUCUUUACACUGAAUCCCAUACUUUAAUAUGUUUCGGAGAUUAUAUGGGGAGAUGAAAUGGUCAGAUUAGUCUUGCGGUUAUUCACUGAAGUGAGCACUGAUGUGAAUUCAAAAUUGCAGUUCAAAUUCCAGGCCAAAAUAGUUGUGUGUUAUUUAUAUAUAUAUUUAAUACAAAUUAUAUAAUAUAUGUAUACAAAAAAUGAAUAAGCAAGGCACUCCUCCUAAAAUUCUUCUUGUAGUGAAUCAAAUGCCUGGGUGCAAUCCCGCGUCCCAAUAUACAUAAAUCAAUAAGGGGAGCACACCAGGACUUCAAUAUAGUGCAAAAAGUAUUUACUGUAUCCAAAGCAUGUUACAAAUUCUGUGCAAAGAGAAUCAACGUUUCGACCCUGCUCCCCUUAUUGAUUUAUGUAUAUAUAUGUAUAUGUAUGUAUGUUUUUUUUCCCUCCAGUUUGGCUAUUUAUAAUUUCUCUUUGAAUUCACUUUGAUUAACUGACAAAUCACACUUAAAGGAACACUAUAGGGUCAGGAACACAAACUUGUAUGUGUUAAAACCACCAUCUUCCGCCCCACCCCUUGCUCUCCUCAAUAUAGUAAUAUCUAACUUGUAUUCAAGUUUGAGCUGGCUCUGCCCCUGAUCUGCCUGCUUAGCUGACAUCUUCAGAACUGAUUCUGUGAGCCAAUCACAAUGCUUUCCCAUAGGACUGGCUGAGACUGUCAAGGAGACAGAUCAGGGGCAGGGCCGAACACAGCCCUUGCCAAUUACCAUCUCCUCAUAGAGAUGUAUUGAAUCAGUGCAUCUCUAUGAGGAAAGGUCAGUGUCUCCAUGAAGAGGAUGGAGACACUGAAUGCCAGUUAUACUGUGCAGCACUGCCCCAGGAAGCACCUAUAGCAGCCAUGUGAGGAGUGGCAAGUGGAGGUAUCCCUAGGCUGUAAAUUAAACCCUGCAUUUUCUCAGAAUAUACAGUGUUUACUCUAAAAAGCCUGAAGUGACUAAUUCUACUCACCAGAACAAAUACAAUCAGCUGUAGUUGUUCUGGUGACUAUAGUGUCCCUUUUAAUGCAUUCCUCACACUAAAGCUGAAAAAACAUAGUUUUGGUCCGCUGCCUCCCUGUUAGAAAACUAAAAGGUGUUUAAUUUGAGGAGACUAUAUUUAAAAGAAGGAAAAACUACCACAACAAGAGGACAUAGUCUUAAAUUAGAGGUACAAAGGUUUACAAAUAAUAUCAGGAAGUAUUACUUUACUGAGAGGGUAGUGGAUGCAUGGAAUAGCCUUCCAGCUGAAGUGGUAGAGGUUAACACAGUAAAUGAGUUUAAGCAUGCGUGGGAUAAGCAUAAGGCUAUCCUAACUAUAAGAUAAGGCCAGGGACUGAUGAAAGUAUUUAGAAAAUUGGGCAGACUAGAUGGGCCGAAUGGUUCUUAUCUGCCGUCACAUUCUAUGUUUCUAUCUCACCAUUUUUCCAGCUCCGUGCGAGUCUUGUCACAGCUGGUUCUGCAUUAUGCCACCUCCUUUACUAAAAUCAUCAAAUUUGACUAUCUCAGCUAACCCAAUGCUUUCUCAUAGGAAAGUGUGCCCUGGAUCCCUGCCAGAGUUAGAAGUCAAACUGUUUUAAGAACAGUUGACAAGUUGGCAAGAUGGCGACGAGUGGUCUCCAAGUAAGUUGUCAGACCAUUAUUAAACCAUUUAUUUAAUGUAACUUUUUUUUUUUUUUUACGUAUACAGCUUUCAUACCUUAUAGUUAAUUCAGGGAUUGACUUUCAGCGAGACGACUUGAGAGCAUGCAAGAACCUAAAACAUCAUUGGUCAUUAAAGACACAAUAAAUCAAAAAAGUUUGAAACAUCUCUGCUUCAAUGUCACUCCAGAGGAUGAAUCGGAAGAAUUUUUUGCAGCUGCAGAAAGUGUAAUUCUUUCUGCCUGGACUUGACAGACAGAAAAAUAUUUUUGUACAAAAAUAAAUAAAAAAUAAUUAAGUUAAAAAAAAUACAACAAACAUAUUUUAUUUAAAUUGCUCUAAAAUGUCAAUGUAUUGCUCUAUUAACCUUUUCAGUGCCAGAGAUGUACAUAAUGGGCACUACCGUCACUCAAAUAAUUAAAUGUAAAUUUUAGUGAUCCAUUUACUAAACUUGCUAUGAGAAGGACUUGUCAUUUGACGCACGCUGACUUAUUUCCCCGAUCUGGAUUCACCGCUUGGUACAUUUCAGAAAAAAAAAGGGUUAUGUAUCAACAUGUCUCUGUAAAUUUCAGCAUGACUGCGACAGCGGACGCUUUGAAAUAAGGCAAUUCUAACCGAAUUAGCUACCAGUGUCUUAUAUGCACCAAAAAAUUAUUAUUAUUAUUGUUCAGGAAUUUAUUUGCAUAUAAAGCCUAGAAAUCAUUGAAAAUGGCGCUGUGCGUUUAGAUGACUAGAUUGCACUACAGCUCCCAACCAUCCUUUUAUCUAGCCUCAUUUACACUGUGUGAGAAUAUAGAAGAUUUAAAAAAAAAAAAAUUCUGCCCCCCUCACUUCUCAUACUUCAUACUAUCCAGAGAUCUUUAUACGGACCGUGCAGACGUCAAGGCAACAAUAUGACCAAAUAAAUCAUAGAGUGUUAAAAUGCGUGCUGUUAUUUACCAAUAAUCCCCAUCCUUGCCAUCAUAUCUGCAAGGCCCCCAAUUCCCCAGACACUGUUAGUAGCUUGAUUGGUAUAGUAGGACCCCAUGAGGUAUUGGAGACUGACUGUGAGAAUUCAAAGUAAAUUUCAAAUUUAAGGCAAACGUAGCUGAAAUGGAAACAUUCUCUAAGUUAACUAAGCUUUCAGCUUGAUUACUCCAGCCUUACACUUGAAAUUCACUGUGAAAUCGUUUUGAAUCUCACUUUAGUGCAUAAGAAAGGGGAUUUGUGAUUUUAAGUCAGUAUAAAAUGUCAGUUAAAAAUGUUAAAUGCGCUUUGAAUAACUGACAAUUCAUUUAAUAAAUCACCCUGGUGUGUUUAGAAAUCUCUAGUCUAGAAAAUCAAAGUCUCUGUGUUGCAGAAACAUUCUUAAGGUUUUGAUUCCUUUCCGGAUUGAAAAUAAUGACAUUUAAAACCAUGGAAUGAAUGUGCUUUUUUAUUUUUUUUGGAGCAAGUCUUGGUGUAACGUAUGAUCAUCAGAGGCGAAUGUCACAUAUAACAUGCCGCGGAUCAUUCCGCUGGUGAUAUUAUCCUCAAUGUUUGUUUCUUUUUGCAAAGACACAUUGUCGGCGGUAUGUGACAUUAGAUUAGGCAUGUCAUUUCUUCGAAGAAAGAACUAAUAUGUUCUCUCACUGCUUUGUUGUCGUACAGUGUAAGAAUACAGUUGUUGUUCCGGAGACAGGUUGACACUCCUUGCAAUACACUGUUUAUAGCUAAUUAAAAAUGAUCUCAUCUAAUUCACGUUUUCCUAAAUCGCUGCCGGUAACAAAGCGAGCACUACUCUACAUUUAUAUAUUCUCUCUGGAGUUUGUAGAUACUGACAAGGUUAUUCACUAAGGUGUGAAUUGCUGUGAAUUCAAAGUAGAUUUAAAAUGUUAGGCAAAAAUAGCCGAUUUGGAAAAAGUCUUCAAGCCAGCUAUGGUUUUAAGCUAGCUAGGUUAGCCUAACAUUUUGAAACUGAAUUUCCAUUAAGUUACAUUUUAAUUAGUUACCCUGAAGAUGGACCAGUGUAGCAUCCUAUAAUUUGUGGCGUGCUGGAGUUACAGCCCUAAACAUUGUGGGAAGUAAAGGUGCAUUCACAUUAAAGUUAUGGUGACUGGAAUGUUCCUUUAAGGAUACUAUGUUGUGUGCCCAGAUUGUCUCUUCUAUGAUGGUCUGUUGGGAUCUUCCUUCCCUGUCUGGCAGUAGCUUAGUUGAAGUGUCCCUAACCCCCUUAAAGGUGUGUAAGAGAGCUUGAUUUCAUCAAGGUCUAGAUUUAAAAUAAUUCACUGCUUCCAUAUCUGUACUAUAGCUUUAAAAAAAUAUUGAAAUCCUAGAUGAAGGGGUUAACCUAAUCCCAACACUAGAAAUAUGAAACAUUCCAAUAAUCCGGAUCAAUAAGUAUUUUGAGUUGCACUAAUUUUGUUGAUAAAACAGACACACUCACUGAUACUGCAACCCUCACACACAUUUUCACACCCGAUCACAAAUUAUUUGUUUGAUUUUAAUUUGGGAGAGCUGGAGUGGACCCUUUCCUGCGGUCCAACUCUGCGUCCUAUUCCGGCCCCCCGGCUACGGGGAACUCAAGGGAGCAGAGCAAGAGCCGCCCGCCUGCCUCCAUGAGCCGGCCGCCCACCUCCGAUCUCAGUCAGCCAGUCACCUCUGGGGCUGAACGGGCUGGCAAACAACCAGCUGCCAGGACAAAGUCCCUUGACGUCACCCCCUCCUCCCCCCCCCCAAAUAACAGGCUGGAGUGUUCCUUCAAGCUUAGUUAAAUCCAGUCCCUGAACCUGUAUCUCUAUCCCAAUUUGUUCAUCACUCCCUGUAUAGAAAAUCCACUUCUACUGCUUGAGUCACUCCUGUUUGUUCAUUCUGUCUGUGUUCUGUCUCGCUGUGCAUUGCAGUAUGUUCAUGUGUGUCCUCUAGCUGUGUAUCACUAACAUACAAGGGAUCAAUAGUACGUCCCCCAGGAUUUGGUUGGCACAAAGGGCUGGUGACUGAAUUAAAACUGUCCAAAGGGCACAGUCGCGAAUUGUCUGCUUUGGGAACACUGUCUCUCUGAUUUCAACUGCAUCUACCAGCUUCCUGCCUUAAUAUGAUCACAGCGUGCCCAUUAAACCAUUCCCUGGCAGUGCCGCUCCCUGCAGAGUUCACCUCGUUUCACCCCUCUCUCGCACUUAUUUUGCUGAUUUUUAUAAAAGGAGAAUCACUCUCAGCUCUGUUCUUGGAACGUGGAGUGCCAAAAUUAUCACUAACCGUCAUUUUGUUAUAGCUCAGCACUCUGGGACGCAUACACCAAAAGUACAAAAAAAAGUUCAUAAAUAAUUUUUGCAUUUCAGAACAGCCAGACAUAUUGAUAAAUUAUAACUAUUUUUGCUUCUUGGCUGAUAGCGUGUUAAAAGUACACAUACGUAUUUUUUACAUGCCAUUUUGUGCAAGUGACAUUUAUCAUGUGACAAUUUAUCACAGUUGUGCAAUUAUAUUCACUAUCCGGGAGUUCGACAGUUAAGGAUCGGUUAUUGAAAAUUAGGUAGAUGUAUCUUAAUGCAACUUUUCCUCUCACACUGUUCAUUUUUAUGAAAUUUUUUCCUUGAAACAUGGGGCCGCAAACCUCACUUUGUUUUAUUCUUCUACAAAAUGGGAGCUAGGCCUUCUGAGCAACGAGUUGUGACCACCAACUACAUAUUAGUGUGAACAGUGACUUGUGGCGGCAUAGGUUGCACCGUGUGUAAUUAAGGUAAUAAGGCAACUAAUUAGCAUAGAAUCAUUUUAAAAUUCAUCCAUAACUUAUUUUUCAGCAUUUCCCCUUACAAGAGAGAGGCCGCUGAGCCUGUGAUUAUUUGACGCCGUAGGGGUUUGCAAAGUGAAAACGAAGACUCUUGCUGUCCAACAAAAAACAAACAAACGUUCUCUGCAUCAGCUUAGAAAUAUUCAGGGGAAACUAACUUCAUAGAGAUUGUUUGUUUAUCUAUCCCCAGAAUUUAACAAAUGUGUUUGGGUGGUCUGAAAAAGAAUCAAAUAUAGAAAGGGACAUAGUUUUUGUAUUUCACUAUAUCCUAGAACUGGGCGAGUCCAUCUUGGCUCCCUGUCUGUCAUUGCUAUAAGCUCUGCCCUUUAGUUCCCGUUUACGUAUACUCUGACGCAAUGUUCCAAUGCAAGUUGUAUCCUGGCUGUGCCGAGACUAAACUCUGUUGUGACAUCCGUUGCUAAAUGUUUAAUAUACAUUUGAAAGGAAAUGGAAGAUCACAUGAAAACUGGUUCACACAAGUUAGUCUUUUAGUGUUUUAUUUCUUGGUAAGUGGCAGCUCCGUAAAUCCCAAGUGUUACUAUUUAGGAGGGACAGUCCCCAUUUUGGAUCUAAAUCCCUCUGACCUUCUUUUCUGUCCUAAAUAGUUUCUCAGAACAGCCCAGUGUCUGACCACAACCCUAAAGUUAAAGUGCCCCUCUUUGUCAGUAUGAAAUGUUGGGAGGUUUGUAGUUCCCAUUUAAAACCAAAUUCAGGUUCUGUGUGGUGACAGUUCACAUCAGGGAAGAAAUAUAAAGGGUAAUUUGAGAUCGGUGUUCCUAAAAGAAGAGCAGUCACCAUGGAAACAAGUGGAAUGUCGAUGCUAAUUGCUGCACUUUUAGAAUUUUUAGUCCCAGAGUGCUCUUUUUGCAGACCCGCGUUGUUAUCCUGUUGUAUGGUAUUGUAUCUCUAUCUUGCUCAGUAAUGUGACAGAUACCAUAAAUGGCAAUAAUAAUAAUACCAAUUAAUCUGUUAGAAUGUCUACUCCGAGGUACAGUCAGCUGUGAUUUUUAGUGUUUGUUGUGAGACCAUUACAAAUCCCCCAUCAUUAACCAAUUCAGUGCCAAAUACAUGCACAUGCUGAUGGAGCUUGAAUGGUUAAAGGGCCCCUUUGUAUCAAUGCUAUUAGAAAGAGACCUAUUAUAUACUGCACAUGUAAACGUUUAUAAGAGUUAAUAUAAUGUAAAAAAAAAAACAGUACUUUACAUGUAAUCUUAAAGGAUCACUAUAGGGUCAGGAACACAAACAUGUUUUCCUGACCCUAUAGUGAAAACACACCAUUUAGGUGGCUUGCCUCCUCAGGGUGGGUUAAAACUCACCUUCUUUCCAGCUCUCCUGUCUGCCUGUGCUGGCCCCACUCCCUUUGUGACAUCAUCAAAUGUGCCGAUUCUUUUGCCAAUUCAAUGCUUUCCCAUGGGGAAAGCAUUGGAUUAGCUAAAAUCGGCAAAGGGACGGGGCCAAACAUUGUUUUGGCCAAUCAGCAUCUUCUCAUAGAGAUGCAUUGAAUCAAUGCAUCUCUUUGAGGACAAGUCAGUGUCUCCAUGCAGAGCGUGGGGACACUGAAUGGCAGGGCUGCUUACUGUGCAGCCCUGACCCAGGAAGCCCCUCCAGUGGCCAUCUGAGGAGUGGCCACUUGGAGGUGUCCCUAGGGGCAAUGUAAACACUGCCUUUUCCCUGAAAAGGCAGUGUUUACAUGAAAAUGCCUGAAGGGAGCUAUUAUACUCACCAGAACAACAACAUUACGCUGUAGUUGUUCUGGUGACUAUAGUGUCCCUUUAAAACAGCACUAUCACACCCGCGCCCCACUUUGUCUCUAUUUCUCCUCUGCCUGACUUUCGUAGACUCGGGGCAGAGUCUGUGUCAAACUCCACAGCCAUCACCAGUCAUGGCUGCAGGGAAUUGGAUGUGUCUAUGGAGGAUCCUACAGAUCUCAAUGUAGUACUCUCGCGCAUGCUGAAGACAAGCAGACUGGCAAAGAAGACGACAUCUGCAAGAGCCAGGUUCGGGUAAGAAAAUCCCACCUUUACCUGCCCCCCCCACGCCCCUCUGCCAGCUACCAGACCCCAUCAGUGAUAUCAUUCGGGAGUCUUUGUGAAUUCGGUAAUGUCCCCUAAUGAUGACAGUGCCGCUUUAGUGUUUUACUGGAGGCAAAAGCAGUGAUCCAUUUAAAGGAACACUAUUGCGUUGGGAACAUAAAUAUGUAUUCCUAAUGCUGUACUGCCCUAGUCACCGUUUAGGUGGUUCUUCCAGCGCUGUCAUAGCUCAUCAUUCCCCCCCGCUACACUGUUCUCCUCAGCUCUUGUUGGUGAUCUGAGCCAAUCCACUGUGAUGCUAGUGUGUACGCGUGGCAAAACACCACUGCACCAAUCUAAUGGUUUCCUGACCAUUUUCUCUAUUUCACUGAAGCUCCUCUAGUGGCUGUCAUAUGGUUAACCCUUCAGAGCAGUAAUGUUUUCAACUGCAGGGUUGAAAGUUCGGGCACGUGGCACCCACACCACUUCAUUGAGGCAUUCACGAAAAUGAUAGAAUCUAGGCCUAAAGACCUGUGCUGGUAAUAAAUCCCCACCUUGGUCACUGCCUUGUUAUACAGAGGACUAUGUCCCCAGAUUGUAUAGGGUACGACAGUGCCCAAACGUAAUCUCGUGUUUACUCGGAUACACCCCUUGGCUCCGCUAUGAAGGGUUUUGGUCUUACUUCGAGUAAUGGGGGGAAGCAGGGGGAGCAGAGCACCUGGUUGUCAGCCAGGGUAUAUACGGGCAGAGUGAUCCUUGGUGCUGAAAUUAAAUAAAAAUGUUUGGAAAAUAAGAAUAGAUCAACUUUGAACCGCAAGUAACCAUCAGUCCUGGACUUGAGAAAGCUUGGUGUCAAGUGUCAGUUCCAUUGACUCAGGUGGUGGCUGCGAUAUAGGCAUCUGGCAAGGCUUUCUGCAGCACAAACCGUAUGACCUAUCCCGGGUCUCAGCUGUGUGCUGUCUGUUUUGUUCCCCAGGAUCCAGGUUGAGGCAGAGAGUCCUCCAGUAGCGUUCUCAGAAGGGCGGUCGCUCCUUGAAGGCCAAAUAUUCAAUGGAUAGCAUCCCCUUACAUGACUUGUAAUGCUCAUGGAGAGGGCCAUCUGUAUUGUAUGCUGUGGCCCCUGAGAAGGUCAGUGAAUGGCUGCAUGUGUCUUCUUCACUGUAGGUUAUCUCCCAAAAGGUCCGCAUUAAACGUUAGGGACAUCUAUUCGAAGGAGUAAGACGUAUUCCCCUUAAAGGCAAACAGCACUGCUUGUUUGUCUGCCCUGUUGCAAAACCUCACCACUAGGUUUCUAGGGGCUGUUUCGGGACCCAAAAAAUCCUGACAUAUACAAAAGCUGACAUAUUUGUUUUAAAUCUGUUUUUAUUAAGGUCGAUAUAACAAGCAGUUUUCCCACGCAGGGGAGAUAGCGUAAAUAAUGCAUUUGUUAUGGAAAAACUUAAAUAAGUAGAUAUCUGAAACUUAAGUCAUCACUGUAAAGUCGGGUACUAUGCACUUAAAGAUUCCUUGCAAAAUUAUAGCAUUAACAGAACGGUCAGGCUAUAAGGACCUAACGGAGUCUAAAACGUGUAACCAGAAAUAAAUCACAGAUAUUUCAUAUGUUGUUAAUAUAUGUAGCACUAACUUACAGGCCGUGAUAUGGUAUAAUUGUUUUUGUGUCCAGUAUGUGAACUCCAAUACUGCGCACUGUUCAUGUGCGGCAGGAAAUGUUUCGUGAAGUUUCUGGUUAUCAAUGUAAGGACUACCAACUUUUGUAAUAAGUGUUAGUAUUGCGAGUAGAGCGCUGUGUAUUUAAUAAGUGGGCAUGAUUUAGUACUAGUCUGCUAUUAAGUAAGCACCGAACUUUACGUAGCUCAAAGGGCGUUGUGUUUUCUAAGUGUAGUGUGGGCCUGGUAGUAUACCGCCUAUUAUGAUGCGGUCAGCCAUUACGCCCCCGUUAUUCCGUUUAUAAUUAUUACAGUAUUAUUAAGAGCGACAUGUGGCCCGUGCGUAAAUAAUUACUUGGUUCAAGUUAUUAAUGUAUAUCUUUAAACAGUGAGCGGGUAUAGUAUUAACGCCUGACUUCAGCGGGAUAAUGUAUUAAAAACAUAAAGGGCGAGUCCUCCUAGGUGCGGCUGCUCCCCAUGUUGUAUCCUACUGCAGAUUAAUUUAUACUAGCGAUUUGGUUCAUAAAAAUAACAUGUCAUUAAGUGCUUGCGUCCCAUGUCUUAACGGGUGCUAACAUAUACGGGACAUAAAACAACAUAAACAUCAUAUAUGGAGGUAAGAAAGCACAUCUUGAUGAGGUAACUUUUAUGCCUUGCUGAAUCAUCAUGUCGGCCUGCAUGGCCGUCUGUGAGGAGUCUCUCACUGCGUCUCCAUCAUAUUGUCCCUGGGUCGCCAGGCCUCCUUUCGUCCUCCCCCAGCCGGCCCCCGCCCGCCAGCUGGGCCCUCCGCUGCACUGUGGGCACUCAGGAGCAUGAAUCGUCCUUUGGACCCAACCACAAAAUCCGCGGGUCGUCUGCUCCCUGCACCUCCCCAGCUACACGUGAGUCCACUUCGAGCGCGCACUCUGCUGUCUCACCCGGUGCCGGCCACAUAUUUGGAGCUGGUGGCUAUCCCCACCGGUCCGUCGGGAGGGCAGCGUUGGUCCUGCCCCACCGGGCUCGCGGCAUCAGGGACAAAAGCUCUCCGGGGACCCCACAGACCCAGAGGCUCAGAUGCCCGCUCCACUAGUGGUCGGGAGCUCAGCGUGGGGGGUCUGUCCGGUGCCCGGCACCGCCAGGGCCUGUACGAGGUGCCUCAGUCAGUCUCCCUUGUUUAGUCCUCUGUGUUCCAUCUCCUUUGGACCGAUCUGGGUGCCUCCUCGGGUGAGUGUUUCAGCCCCUCCGCGGGCACCUCCAAUGUUGCUGGCUGGCUGAGUGUCUUGCAGCCGGUGCCAGUGCAGGCGGUCGGCAUCCGGACCCCACGGGGACUCCCGCUGCGACCCGUGCCUCCACCUGGAAGCCGGGAUAUCCCCCGCCGGCCAAAAAAGGGGGGGGGGGCAGGGCCGUGCCCCGGGCCGCGUAUCUCCCCCUGUCUAGGUGUCUAUAGCGGGAUGCCUCUGUUCUCUGCUCCGCAGCGCCGUGCUGCCUGUAAUGGCCGCCGGUAUUCUGGCGCUCUGCCUCGUGUAGGCCGGUCCCGGCCCUCUCUGCUUGCCUGGCUUGCGGUGGGCAUCGUGCAGGUAUCGGGGGUAAGCUGGUGCCGUUCUCUGUUUGAAUCUGGCAGAGUAUAGCAUAGUUAGGCAGUCUGGGGUGAGUGUUUUAGUGCCUUUUUUAUCCGCUUAGUGCAGGAGCUCAUGUUAAUGGCGUCCACUCGGCCCGGCGGCCCGGCCCCGCCCCCCAAAAGCUGACAUAUUUGGCUUGUUUUGGGGCUAGUAGUGCUCCCACUAGUCUCUGUAUCCGGUGCGCAAGCUCCGCUGUGGGAAUCUCUUCUGACCGUAAGAUUAUUGUGGCAACCUGCUGCUCAGAUACCACUUGCUGCUUCUUUGCACUUCUAGUUUGAGGUCCACAAUGGUCUGUGUGUGUUGGUCCAUGGAGUUCUCCACUACUCCCAGGUGGUCAACUAGGCCUGUGAGGUCAUUGUGGAGCAUAGCUACAUCCGCCUGUAGUGUUCUCUGGAGGCUGCCCAGCAUCUUUCUGAGCUGUCACAGGUUCGUUGUCUCCAGUUUUUGGGGCUGGCUGUGAUUGUGGUGGAAGUGGCAUCCUGCUAAUACCUCCGUUCAGAUCCUCAAAGGAGUUAGAGAAAUCCUCGAAUUUGGCGGCCAUCUUGGGGACCACACACACACCUUGCGCUUGCCAGAGAUGAUCUCCUGUAUUAAUGCCUGACCUGGACUAGUCCGGUUUCUGCUUUUUUGUUUUGUGGCCCAUGGUGAAUAGUAGCUUGCUGAGUGCAUUUUCCAGGUGCUAAUGUAGCUUAAAAUUGCUGGAAUAAUGUAUUUUUACGGAGCCCAUCAAUCAAGCUUCCGUCCAGGUCAGUUGGAAAGCUCCGCCCCCCUCAUUAAACCUUUAAUACACAGUUAAAAGAAAACUGUACACUGCAUGAAAAAUGCAAUUAGGCAAUUUUCAGUGUUUUCUUUGAUUUUUUUUUUUUGAUUUUUUUAUUCAUUGGUGUUUUUUCAAGAAAAGUGACCUUUCCAUGUUCUUUGGACACUAAAAUGCCUCUUUGGUUUGGUCGGGGGAGGAUAAUGGAAUUUGUGUAUUUAAGUGCUAGCGAGAUGCAGGACAUUAACCCUGAUUUAAUUGAAUCCAUUAAAGUCCGGAUGUGAUUCUGAUCAAUGGGAUUUACCUGUGUUCUCUCGGCAGUGCGGCCUGUAGUGUUCUGUUUAUAGCGACAGUCCUCUAAUGGUUUGAUACAUGGUUCGACCUGCUGUAGCAAUAAUCGUGUGGAGAGGGUUAUGAGAGGUAAUGAGGAUACUAUCUAAGCCGAACAAGUGACUUAGAGCAAGGCAGAGCAUGGCGCACAGGGUGGAUGGCGAUUGCUGGUUGUAUUAUUGUGCUAUUAUACAACUGUCAGUACAGUCAUAUUCAUCAAUCGCUUUGGUAAAUAGAAGAUGGAAUGCAUUUAAAAAAAAAAGAUUUUAAUCAGCAACGUGGACAGGCUCAAUCAGCGGGGUAACAGUCCUCAAUUCAGAGAGGUUUAUUCUCCGAUUUGUAUUGAGGCUGAAGCAGAGGAUGAUGUUAAAAUGCAGCAAAUCCACUAUAGUCACAGAAUUUCAGAUUUUAGACUCCUUUAAGUUAACUGACUUUUCAGUUAACAAUUUUCAUCCAUAGUUGUUUUUGCAUUUCAAACAAUUCAGACUUCAGCUGCUAUCCCUGCCGGAAUGUUCAAGGAAAAAUAUGGGCCUGUCCAUCUUCUAUCUGUAUAGUUAACGUUUUCUUGGGAGAAGCUGACAUUUGUGAACCGGUGAUGGCUUAGAUGCUCAAGAUAUUUGUGCGCUACAUUUCCCAUGAUCCUUGACCAGCCUUUAACCAAAGAUUCUCAAAACAUGCUGUAAAGCAAGCAUUUUAAACUCAAAGGCUAGCAGGGUCCAAAUAAACAAGGUUUAAAUUUAUGUGUGCCACAAAAAAACUAAAACUUAAAUUCAUAGAAACUUAUGUUUAUUUUGAAAAGUUCAGUAUAAAAAAAAACCCAGCUGCCCCCCCUCUACUAAACUCCUGCCCCUGUUUAAAAACCAAGACACACACAUUUACACAUUCUUGCACACGCUCACAAAUCAUUUUAUUUAUUGCUGAUUGCUCCCUACCUUUGGGAGCUGGUGUGGGGCCUCUCCCUGGGGUCUAGUGAGGAUGUCUGCAGAUCUCCCUACAUGCUCCUCACUGCUCCCCCACACGCAUUUAAGUGAUUCCGGAAUUACGUCCUAAUCCGGCAUCACCACAGGGGGCACACGCGACCAGUAAGGAGCAGGAAGAACAGACUGUGCUCGCUGCCGCCAGCUUCAUCUCCCCCGGCCGGGUAAAGAUUAGCAGACUAGGCACCUUCAAUGUGGGGAGAGCAAGUGCCCACUCUGCCUUAACAGUAAGCAUGUACUUGCGGCUCUCCAGGCCGCAAAGAUGUUCAUUGUGAGCCGCGAUUUUGACAUGCUUGCUGUAAGGCAUGUCUCUGGGUUCCACACCAAUGGAGCUUAUAUCAUAGCCAAGCCUGCAGCUACUGCAGAUUUAUUUAUAAACUGAAAAUGUUAAUGAUUCAAAUCAUGAAUAAACACUGUAUACCUUGGACAUCCAUGGAGUGAAUAUAAAAUUAAUAAUCCCAUAUUAAACAUGGUACAAUAUCAGCACUUAAAUGGGGCGGCUAAAAUACACUCUUAUCUGCACUGUAAGUUGGGACUUGUAGUUCUUGAAUAGCUGUGCAGGAGCUUGUGUUAAAAGAUUGUAGACCCAAGUUCCAACAUUUAUGUAAGUUUGGGGAAAGGAUGGGUGACGUGGGGAUCUUCUCUGACCAAUUGUUGUUUACAUUUUAAAGGAUCACUAUAGGGUCAGGAACACAAACAUGUAUUCCCGACCCUAUAGUGUUAAAACCACCAUCUACCCCACCUGGGCCCCUCAUGCCUCCAUAAAUAUAGCAAAAUCUUACUGUAUUCAAGCCUGAAGCUGUAGAUCUGCAUGCUGUUUGCCUCAGAAAAACAAGCUGUCUGCUGACAUCAUCAGAAGUGGUAGCCUGAUCCAAUCACAAUGCUUCCCCAUAGGAUUGGCUGAGACUGACAAAGAGGCAGAUCAGGGGCAGAGCCAGCAUGAUUCAAACACAGCCCUGACCAAUCAGCCUCUCCUCAUACAGAUGAAUUGAAUCAAUGAAUUUCUAUGAAGAAAGUUCAGUGUCUGCAUGCAGAGGGAGGAGACACUGAAUGUUUGGAUGCAUUUUAGGCAGCCAUGACCCAGGAAGGGUCUCUAACAGCUAACUGCGGAGUGGCCAGUGAAGUUAUCACUAGGCUGUAAUGUAAACACUGAAAAGACAGUGUUUACAGCAAAAAGCCUGAAGGUAAUGAUUCUACUCACCAGAACAAAUUCAAUAAGCUGUAGUAGUUCUGGUGACUAUAGUGUCCCUUUAAUCUUAUCAUAAUUACCCUCAAUAAUGCUGGACUUCUGAUUUUUUUUCUCUCUUUCUACAAGCCAAUCUCAAGUGAGACUGCCCUAAACAUUUCUCUCUUUUUGUUUUUUAUAAUGUAUAUAAGAAAUACUCCAGUAUUACAGUGCCAGUCUGCAACUCGGGCCAGCGCGAAAUAAAUUCGUUGUCAGGGUGUAGGUACGCCCACACGCACACCAACCCACACAUGUUUUGAUACAUUGCGUCUUGUCGCUCAUAUGUUAUUUCAACUUUGUGGUAACAGCAUAUCACUUUCUAUUGCAGGAGCUGUGAAUUGAGGGGUAAAGCCAUCUUUCUGCUCAUUAGUAUACCUAUUUUACAUAAUAACAUCAUUUUAAAACUGCGUACACUCAGAAAAUAUUUUAAUUAGAGGCCAUAAUUAUUGUCCUUUCUGAGCUGUUUUUUAAAGAGAGAGUGACAUGUGCUCAUCUAUGUGCGUUUACAAUGUAAUGCAUGGAUUCCUUAAACUACCAAUAGCAUGAGGGCCUUUUUGGUACAAGUUACUUCUGGGAUGUUAAAAGCUAAUCAUGGAACAGAAAGUCCAGCGAGAAGAUAAACCGCCCGUGCACAGAAGUUCAGUUUAUGCGUCCAGUUUGUCAGACCGGGGACUUCGCUGGUCUCUUCAGGCAUGUGACAAGAAUUUGUUUAAAUACAAUAACACUACUCCCAGCGACACAUGCCAACAAGCAGCCAUUUUUAUAAAUUGGUAGCUUAGUAUGUGGAGUCCCUCAAACCUUUAUCCCCCAAAUCCUCCAAUUCCUGCUAGAUGGACUUAAGAAUGUAUGUACAUAGUCAUUUUUAAUCAUUAUCUGUUCCUCUAUUUCUCUUUGUUUUUCUUCCCAAUGGAGUAUCCCUUUAAAUAAUACUUUUACAAAUGUAGAGUGUGACGGACCUGCUGGCACUCCGGCCGAGUACCUCCGUCAAUGUAUGCUCCUAGUGCUUGCCGAGGACUCCAAGCACUCCAACCGACACCAUCAGCACUGCAGACUUAUCUCAUCCCCAAGCAUGAGCCAAGGCUUCAAAAAAGGGUCAAGCAGGUCUGUUUAAUGAGCACACAAAAGCAACAGCACUCAUGCAGCAAAACCAACUCCUCCUCAGACAAUUAAAAGGGUCAGACAGAGUUUGUAUAUAUGACAGUUAUUAAGGAUUUAAACUGGUGUUCUAAGAGGGGGGAAUAAAACAGUCAAACUAAGUCCAUAAAACAGGGGGUUUCUUCACAAUUUAAAGCUGCAGGAUGCUCCAAUAUAAUUUAAAGGGGCAGACAGAGUACAAUAAAAUCCACUAUGCCCAAAUAACAUUUUUAAAGGGCAAAAUCUUCCAGGGGCCAUAGUUACAGGGCAGGAGGCUGGCAAUUAGUCCUCUCCAGGUACAAGUGGCGAAGGGCACUUCGUCACACAUCUUCCCAUUGGGGGGGAGACUAACCAGGUACCUGACCUUCUGUCGGUCAGUACCUGAGUUAGUCGAGUAGCCCACCUACAACAAACAGUUAACAGAGUACCCCACCUACAAUAUAUAUGAGCACUGCCCCUGGUGAUUUCUGGUGUCCGGCUCUGGCUUUUAUGUCCCAGGUUGCUGAGGGGAACUAGUGGGCAGAGGCCAGCGGCACUCUGCCCGGAUUCCAGUGCUUCUGCUGCGUUGGCCAGUGGGCCUUCAGGUUCUGAACAAGAGGGCAAGGGAGGGCAGAGGCCGACCGCGCUCUGCCCGGAUGCCAGCUCUUCUGCCGGAAGGGGUUCAGUGGGUAUCGCAGACCCAUCCACUGCCCCCAUGACUGGGUUGAGAAUUAGCUGGGGAGAGGAGGGCUCGCUUACCUCCUCCAGGUAUUCCUGCGAGGAUGGUUGGGGAUCUGGACCGGCCGUCCAGGGUCCCUGUAGAAUUGGCACAGAGACCGCGGUCCCAUCUGCGCUGGUGGGGUUAGGGUUGCUAUCCCCCUGUAGUUGCGGUGAGGGACCAGUAGUACCCUCUCCCGGUACCUCUGGCUGCUGUUAGAGGGUGAGGCCGGUUGCCUCCACUCCCCUGAGCGCCGGUUGCUGUAGGGUGGAGGGAUCGACCAUCUCCUCCUCCUGGAACUCAGGCCGCCACUGGGGAGAGAGAUCGAUUGUCUCCUCUCCCUGGAACUCCAGCUGCCGCUGGGGAUCUGGGCCGGCUGCCCAGCAUCCCUCUAGGGCUGGUAGAGAGACCUCUGACCCAUCUCCACCUGCCUGUUGGGGCAGGGGCAGGACCAGUCUAUGAGGUCCGCUACCUCGGGUACCUCUGGUUGCUGCUGGGGAAGGAGACCGGUUGUCUCUUCCCUCUGCACGGUGCACUGCCGCUGGGGAGGGAGGUCGCUGCUCUCCUCUCCCUGUAACUCCAGCUGUCGCUGGGGUUCUGGGCCGGUGGCCCAGCAUCCCUGUAGGGCCGGUAGAGAGAGCUCGGUCCCAUCUCCACCUGCCUGUUGGGGAUCCUCCCAGGACCAGUCUAUGAGAUCCGCCAGGACUUGGGCAUGAGUACCACCCGCCUCCUCUCUCUGUAGCUCUUGCUGCAGCUGGGGAUCUGGGCUGGCUGCCCAGCAUCCCUGUAGGACCGGUAGAGAGACCUCUGUCCCAUCUCCACCUGCCAGUUGGGGGUCCUCCCAGGACCAGUCUAUGAGGUCCCCGAGGACUUGGGAAAAAGGACCACCUGCCUCCUCUCUCUGUAGCUCUGGCUGCAACUGGGGAUCUGGGCCGGUUGCCCGCAUCCCUGUAGGGCCGGUAGAGAGACCUUGGUCCCAUCUCCAUCUGCCUGUUGGGGAUCCUCCCAGAACCAGUCUAUGAGAUCCGCUACCUCGGGUACCUCUGGCUGCUGUUGGAGGGAGAGGCCGGUUGCCUCCACUCCCCAGGACGCUGGUUGCUAUAAGGUGGAGGGAUCGACCAUCACCUCCUCCUGGAACUCAGGCCGCUGCUGGGGGGAGAUAUCAGUUGUCCACAGCCCCAAUCUCCACAAUCUGAACUCACAUUCCCGUGCUGCUUGGUUCCCUUCAUCCAACUCGUGCAUGAUUCGGACGAUCACCACUUCCGAAGGAUUUGGGCCAUACCCAGCUAGCCGCCUCUUUACCUCUGCAAUGUAAGCAUCGCCCUCAUUACAAAACGUCAUGUUUGCUUGGCCCCACUCUGGGCCACUAGCACUCCGCUGUAGACAGGGGUGCUGCAUGAGUGCUAGCGUCACCCUCACUUGUAGCUCCGUAACGUUACCAGUGUCUCCAAGCUACUUCUCCUCACACUAGGACUCCAUCCCACUGCUUGCCACCAAAUGUGACAGAUCCGCUGGCACUCCAACCGAGUACCUCCGCCAAUCGAUGCUCCUAGUGCUUGCCGAGGACUCCAAGCACUCCAACCGACACCAUCAGCACUGCAGACUUAUCCCAUCCCCCAAGCACGAGCCAAGGCUUCAAGAAAGGGUCAAGCAGGUCUGUUUAAUGAGCACACAAAAGCAACAGCACUCAUGCAGCAAAACAACUCCUCCUCAGAGGGAAACAAAAUGACAAUUAAAAGGGUCAGACAGAGUUUGUAUAUAUGACAGUUAUUAAGGAUUUAAACUGGUGUUCUAAGAGGGGGGAAUAAAACAGUCAAACUAAGUCCAUAAAACAGGGGUUUUCUUCACAAUUUAAAGCUGCAGGCUGCUCCAAUAUAAUUUAAAGGGGCAGACAGAGUACAAUAAAAUCCAAUAUGCCCAAAUAACAUUUUUCAAGGGCAAAAUCUUCCAGGGGCCAUAGUUACAGGGCAGGAGGCUGGCAAUUAGUCCUCUCCAGGCACAAGUGGCAAAGGGCACUUCGUCACAUAGAGAUAAUAAGGAGAAACGUUGUUAUGGUGUAAGGAGGGAUCAACUCUAUCUGGAGUGUCCCUUCAAAAAAUAUGUAUGAAUUAAAUGUUUUACUGAUUAAUUCAUGGCUUAAAUCUGCAUGGUCAGGAAGCACUGGCUGCAAUUUGUAUGGACCUUGUCUAGGGUUCCUGACUUGACUUGUAUCCUAAAUCAUGUUAAGCUUUGUCUGACUGAGUAUUAGUUCUUGCAGAUGUCUCUGUUUCUAAUCACUAGGUAGUGAAUUUAAAAUUGAUUUGAAAAUGUUAAUUUAAAAUAGCUGAUUUGGAAGCAUUCUCCAUCACAGCUCAUACUCAAAGCUUGCCUGUUUAGCCUGAGUUUUGCAAUCGUCUGCAGUUUCCAUUUAGGCAAUAUACCUCUUUUUCUGCACAUGGAAUUUUCAUUGCAAAAUAAUAGAUUUCUUCCUAGCUGUGGAGUUGUUUAUCCUUCCUUUGGACGGAACUGAAACUCUGUUUCGUGUUUGGCUUGCUACCCUGUAUUUUCUCUUCUCUCUCUAGAGUGUCGUGAAAGGCUGUUUUUUUUUGGGUUGGCAUCGGCUGGGAGCCCUGUUCCCUUCUGAUGCUUUUUGUCUGUGACUCACAUGAGUUGCGUUCAGCACUGGCUUCCUAUGGCCAGCUCAGUUCAGGACCUGGGACAGCUCUCAGCAUUGUUUAGGAACAUUGUAACUGGUAGGAUUUGAUACAGAUCACAGCCUGGCUUUUUUUUAAUUAUUAUUAUAUUUAACCCCUGGCUUGUGAAGAAUUGCAACACAUGCAGUAGUUGUAGUUCCAUUAGAGAAGGAACAUAAUGAAGAGUAUUAUGUUCCAAUAUUUCCUCUUUAGAGAGGAGAAUCAUUGUAUCACUUAGACUCCCUGUCUCCCUCUGAUUCGGGAAAUGUUAGCAGUCUCUUUAAACUACGCUGGGUAAUGUUCUACCCUUGAAACAUGGUGGGGUUUAUUCGCUAAAUACUGAAUUGCAAUGUAAACGAAAUGGUGAAUUAUAGUAAACGUGCCUACAAUCUAAAAUGUAGUUUAUCACUUGACAAUGUGCUGUUUAGUGAGUAAACCCCAGAAUGUUGGGGGAUUCAUACAUUUCAGCUCUUUGUUUAAUAUCUUAUGAUUGUAUCCUUAUCUGUCUCUGAACUUAUAUUUCCAUUCUCUGUUCAUCUCUCAAUCUUGUGUCUAUUUUAGUAUCUUUGCUGGUCUAUACAUUGUUUAAAGGAUAUUCGGAUACAUUUUGGAUGGUGUCUCACAGCUGCCUCACACUGUGUCAUUCCUAUGACUGCUGUCACUAGCUUUUGUUGUAUUUUGGCAUCUGUCUCUUUUUGCAGCAGUCUCUGGUGGUCUCUGGUUACCCCCCUCCCCCUGUUCCCUUGUUUUUGUGUAACCCUGCACUUGCUGCUGGUUCACCCUUCCAUGUCUGUUGUGUUGCUAUUUGGCAUUGAAUGGCUAUCUACAGUGCUGUCUGCGUGCAGGUGUGUGUUACUGCAUUUAUCUUAAUAACCUCGGAGACAUGGCGGAUCAUUGAGCCAUUAUUCAGCCGGUGCCCUGUUUUCCCGUAACACAUUCACUACCAGCCCCAGUUUAUACACUGGCUUGGUAAGAAUGAUUCUUAAACACCCAUUUUGUGUGACCAGAGGGUGAGGUAUAUUGAACCAGCUGUACCAGUCCCAUAAAUUACACCACCAGACUCCAAACACAUAAAUGGGUCUAAUUAUUUAAAUGCUGUUUACUAAUCCCCAAAUCAUACCGGAUGUAACCUUGAUAAGAAAAUCUGCAACAAAGAGGUUAAUUUGCUAAAUGUGGGAUCUGCUAAAUGCUGUAUAGAAAAUUUGACUUUAUGAAGUGACAAUUUGCAGUAUGGCUGAGGAUCAUAGGAGAUAUCCAUAGCAGAAGAUGUGUGUGUGUGUGUAUAUAUAUAUAUAUAUAAAGAUACAUUUUUUUUUUUUAUAUGCAAAAACACACACCUAUAUACAUACACACGCAUAUUUAAACACUCAUAAAUGUACACCUACAGAAAUACUCACAUUCCUCUACAGAUGUAUAGAAUACACACACACUAAAACAAACAAUUGGUACAGAACCACUGGCAUAUAAACACACACACACAUUUAAAUGGCAUGUGGAAUAAACCAGCUGUAAUUGCAUGCCCCGAUGUCCUCUGUGAUGGAUGCUCGUGGGGUCUGCAUGUGUUAAUCCUGUCACUUGGGGUCAGUGCUCUCUCCUUUUUUGCUUGGCCAUUUCUUAUGUGUCAGAAAUAUCCCAGCUAUCACUCCCCAGAGCUGGUGAUGUCACCGUCAGCCAAUCAGAGAGCCAGUGCCAGCUGUAUAUUCGGUACACACUCUCAGCUCCCCUGUAACCCUUUCAGUACUGGAAUUACGUAUUCUGCCUUGCUUUCUUAGAAUGCAGAGUGCACAUAGUUUGCUGCUUUUAGUAGAGCAGAACUUUGCAGCCUGGAUGUGCCAACAAGAUCUCUUCUAUUACCUGAUCUCUUCUAUUACUGCAGAGCAGUUUCUGCAAUCAUUUCUUUUCUGGGGAGGGGCAGGUUGGCUAAAAUGAUCUAUACAUCGUGAAUCUGUUUGCUACCAACCAUUGCAUUAUAGUUUGUAACCUAUUUAACAUUAAUUGCAAAUUCUAAAUAUUAAUGUAUAUAAUAAUCUGGUGUCUGCGGAACAGAUUGCAUUAACCUUUUGCAGAGUAAUUAUGUGCACACAAGUUAUAGAGUAUAUGUUUAUCUCCUGUUACCCAACGUGCCUAUAAUGAGCAAUAUGGGCUGUCAUCUGUCCAAUGCAGGUUUAUUUGGGUCUUAAGUAAAAAAGGCUCUGCAGGCAUGGAGGGUGCAACACAAAACUCUGCAGGGUUAUUGAGAUAGCUCAAUGCUCUGCAGGGAGGGAGGAGGUAACAUAGAGCUCUGCAGAGAGAGGGGAGACAACCUAGAGCUCUGCAGAGAAAUAGAAAUAGUUCAAGGCUCUGCAGAGUGGGAGAAGAGGACAAAAAGAUCUACAUUUCCUUGCAUAGUUUUGUACUCAAAACUAUGCAAGGACAUGAAGGUAGCAAAAAGUUAAGCAGAUGUAUAAGCAGGUAAAGGCCAUGUAAAGGGAUGUAAGUAGCAACAGGUUCUGCAGCAAGGAGGUAGCUAGGUAAAGGCUCUGCAGAAAGUGAUAUUUAGCUAAAUUCUCUGCAGAGGGGUACAUAGCUCAGUGCUGUUUAGGGAUUACAUAGCUAUCUGCAGGUGUAAGUAGCUUGGGUUGUUGUCGUUUAGGUAAUUACAGGCUCUGGAGGGGAAUGAGUAGCGCAGGACUCUGCAGGCAGGAGGAAGUUAGUGCAAAGAUAGCUCUGCUGGGGUGAAUCAGGCUACCUUUUACACAGUCAUCAUGCCAGCUCAGUAUGGAUAUUAGUCCAUGCUCUUUCAGUCAUAUGCAUGUAAUAUCCUAGUCUGUUACACCAUCUCCUGGGUUAGAGUUACAUCACAGGCUCUGCCGGACACAAUAUGACAAGUUUUAUAUAUAACAAUAAUUUAUAAUAAUUUUAUAUAAUUUUAUAAUAAUAUAGAAAAUCACAUGCUAACUAUCUACUGACAUCUUUUUAUGGGGAAACUCCCAUUACUACAAACCAGCUCAGCACCCAUUCUUUACUUUCUAUUACAAUAUUUCUGGUUAAAGUAGUUGAUCUUUGUUGCCUCGCUCUGACAAAAUGCUUAAAAUGUUUUUAUACAGUGAGGGGAAAAAAAGUAUUUGAUCCCCUACUGAUUCUGAACGUUUGUCCACUGACAAAGAAAGGAUCAGUCUAUAAUUUUAACGGUAGGUGUAUUUUAACAGUGAGAGACAGAAUAAAAAAUAAAAAAGAAACACAUGUCAAAAACUUUAUAAAUUGAUUUGCAUGUCAAUGAUUGAAAUAAGUAUUUGACCCCUUCAACUUAAUACUUGGUGGUAAAACCCUUGUUGGCAAUCACAGAGGUCAGACGUUUCUUGUAGUUGGCCACCAGGUUUUCACACAUCUCAGGAGGGGUUUUGUCCCAUUCCUCUUUGCAGAUCCUCUCCAACUCCUUAAGGUUUCCAGGCUGACGUCUGGCAACUCGUACCUUCAGCUCCCUCCACAGUUUUUUUUAUUGGAUUAAGGUCUGGAGAUUGGCUAGGCUUCUGUGGACAGGUGUGUUUUAUACAGGUAAUGAGCUAAUCUCCAUUUGUUACCUGUAUAAAAAACACCUGGGAGCCAGAAAUCUUGCUGAUUGGUAGGGGAUCAAAUACUUAUUUCACUCAUUGACAUGCAAAUCAAUUUAUAACUUUUUUGACAUGCAUUUUUUUUUGUUCUGUCUCUUACUGUUAAAAUACACCUACCAUUAAAAUUAUAGACUGAUCAUUUUUUUGACAAACGUUCAAAAUCAGCAGGGGAUCAAAUACUUUUUUUCUUUCACUGUAUCAAGUUUAAUGCAUUUGUAUCUGAUGCCAUACAGAAAUAAUAGGAUGGUAUUUUGGUAUCGCGGAAAGUUCGUUGAGGGUACCAAGGAAUUCAUAGAACAGAAAAAAGCGCUAAUUAAAAAGAUUAGCAAAAAAUGCUCAUGCUGUAUUAUUCUGUAUCGGAUUUUCUAUCUAAUACGUGGUCAUAAAGUCCUACUACAUAUGAUUAAUAUGCCCUUUAAUUCUUGUUUUUCAGGUGCCGUAGGCUCACGGGAAGAGCCACAGUUUGUCACGGCCCGUGCUGGAGAAAGCGUGAUAUUAGGUUGCGAUGUGAUCCACCCUCUCACUGCACAGCCCCCACCAUAUGUAGUUGAGUGGUUUAAGUUUGGCGUUCCCAUCCCCAUCUUCAUCAAAUUUGGGUUCUACCCUCCUCACGUGGACCCAGAAUAUGCAGGCAAGUAAUACGUGGGAUGCCAGUUCCUACGUCCUAAAAGUCUAAUCUUCUUCCAUGCAUGACAUCGUUCUUUCAAUACAUACAAGUUUAAAAAACUAAAAUAAUAUCAACCUUUGAUACCUGUGAUAUAACACACCUCCUUAUCAGACACCUUAGCGAUGUCGUCGUGUGAAGCUGACAAAGUCUCACGUCACGCACGUGUUUUGAUACGUGCAAUGCUUUGCUUACCUAAACCAGUAAAUAUUUAAAGAGCCAUUCUUUAGUAGGUGUUGAUAGUAGGAGUUAUUGAACUUCAAAUCCCACAGUUUUCAGCCAGCCUAAUACUCUCUUGCUAAAACUCUUGUCUACGCCAGGACUUGCCACCCAAGUUUUUUCACAGUGUUUAGCAUGGUGUUCGCGAGAGUAGUUGAAUAUUCAACUUGGAGCAUAUUGGCAGUUGGUGAACCUGACUUUUUAAUUAAUUACUAAAUAAAAAUAGUUAAUGCAAUAAAACAAUAAUUACUUCUGUCCCCAGGUUUCUCAGAAAACAAAUUUUUCUGUAGUGGUCACAGAAACCAGAAAUUUGACACUGCACAGCCAUUCUUUAGUCUCUUCUGGUUUUCAGUGUUGGAAAUAGUGGGCAUGUGUUUAUGUGGGACCUCGCUAAGCUGCCAUAGAAUUAAAUGUUUGUGGAUGCAUUGUUCAUACCCCUGGGCAGUUGCUGAGAACUGCUUAAGAUUAAAGCCUGAUUUUACUUUCCCUUCAUCACCAGGCCGUGCAACCCUCCAUGACAAGGCUUCCCUGCGCAUCGACCAGGUGCGUUCGCAAGAUCAGGGCUGGUAUGAGUGCAAGGUCCUAAUGUUGGAGCAGCAAUACGACACAUUUCACAAUGGCAGCUGGGUGCAUCUCACAGUGAACGGUGGGUGAUUUUUCACUAACUGGUACAUAAAACAAAACAAAAAAGAAAACAUGAUAUCGAACUUUUGAGGUGACCCUGUAAUAACUGUGACGAACUGUGGAUUAUAUUGAAUAUAGUGGCAGUUGAUAAAGAAAAUAUAAUAGUAUAUAGUGAGAAUUAUAACAAAAAUAUAGAAUAAAGGAUGACUUUUUUUUUAAAUGAUUUACUUGAGUAAUAUUUUCACUUUUUUAUGUUUAUUACAAUGGGGGCAAUAAAAAAAAGAAAAAUGAAAUAAAUGUAUGGUUUUCCAUAACAUGUCUUAGGCUGUUAAUGUCAUAUAUGUAUUUAUGUCACAUUUUAUUCCACUUAGCUUUGUGCUUAAUGUGUUCGUGAAAUGCUUAAUCUGUAAGCAGAACUUUCUGUUUUUAACCCGCUAUUGGUUAGAGUGUGGUUUACUCUCUUUAAAAUGAGCACAAUUUAUUUUGUAACUUGUGAGGUAAUGUUGAAUGAUGAAUGCAGCCCAAAUUCAUAUUAUACCUAUUCAAGGGUCACUGUAGUGGUUAUGGUACCACAAAUCUCCUGGCUCAUAACCCAGGCAAGUGUCCUGCAAUGUGAAUAUUUUUAUGUUUGUCUGUCCUCAGCACCGCCUACUUUCACAGAAACCCCACCCCAGUAUCUGGAGGUAAAAGAAGGCACCAGUAUCACUUUAACUUGCACUGCUUUUGGGAACCCCAAACCCACUGUCUCGUGGUUCCGGGAGGGACAGUUCCUGGCAGGAACCUCAAAAUAUCAGGUAAGAUUUAAUCUGUGUUGGACCAUAAUCUCAUGUUUUGUAUAGGCUGAGACUGGGGCCACCUUGUCUGAUACCACAGAUCUUUCUUGCUUGAAUCACUGUUAUUGACUGUUUGCCACAUGGAGUGUUAAAUCCCAAAGUUUGCAGCUACAGAGACACGAUAAACCGAAAUCUGUGCUACUGGAGACCGAUCUUCAUGCAUCCACUUUUUAAACCUCUGAAUUCCUCAGCACACAAUAUCCGGUAGAAAACCGAGAAUGAGCAUACAAAUAGGGAUAGUGUCCCUUAAAAUGUGGCAGAAUGAGAUCCUGAUCACCCAUGUUCUGCCAAUAGUCUUGCAAGUCUAUAUUAUUCCAACACUUCUUGGAGCUAAACACUCUUUUUUUAAAAAACCAUUUUUUUUUUAAAACAGGUGACAGCACCACAGAAUGUUUAUAUUAUGUGUCAUUUCUCAACUGUAUUCACACACACACACACACACACACACACACACACACAAAAUUGUGGGGAAAUCAAAGUAAAUUUCAAAUUUGCGACUGAAAUUGGGAAAAAGUAGCUUUAGUCACCCAUACUCCUGCUCAGAUACUUUGGCCUUAAAUUUAAAAUUCUCAUUUUAGUGAUUAAACCUGACCGUGUUUACUUUAUGCUAGAACAGAACCUCGUUUUGUCAUGUGAUUUGUCAAGACUUUGAUGUACUGAAAAAUUGAUUUAUUUAAAGGCAUUGGUAAUAAAAAAAAAAAGAAAAAGAUGGUGGGUGAUGUUCUUAAUGUUAUAUUUAGUUGUAAAGUGAUAAAUUAUGUAGAGUAGGUGGAAUAGAAUGAGUAAGAUGCCACUAUGGAGUGUAUUUACUCAUCGCACACCUCCCACUACAGAGCAAACCUCACAAAUCCUCGAAAGCAACACAUGCAGUGACAUUUCUAAAAUAUAAUCUCAGUUUGGUAAUUUGAGGAUUCCUUGGGCUGUGUGUGGCAGUGAGACAGUCUUUGUGGGUGAAUGGAAGAACAUACCAUGCUGACAGUCAGGAUUUUACACAAUGUCUCCUAAUAGCGGUCUAUUUUGUUUUUUUAUAAUUAUGUUGCAACUGUGUAGCGAAGUGAUAAUUUCUUGUAAUUUUCCCUCUGUGUUGUGUUUUGUUCCGUGGAAUUUUUGUUUGUGUUUGUACUGGAGGGCUAUCGUGCUGUUUGUGUAUCCCUGGGCGCCUGGUAUGAGAACAGUCCUUUGUCUUAUAAGGAUUGGUUACAAGUAGAGUUACAUUUUAUCUUUUGUUGAUUAUAUGAAAAUUGUGUGUGUAUAUCCUGUGGGAUCACUUCCAGGUUCGGAAGGAUGGGGGAACACAAUCACUCACCUUUGGUAAGUCACUAAUUUGUUACAGAUUUUAUAUUAUAGAUUUGUGCACAUUACUGUUUGAAGUUAAUCUUCGUAAGACCCCGGAGGGUUGAAACGUUGAUUUCACAUUAUACUUUUGAAAAAAUCCUGCGGAGUGCGGGGUGUGGGUGUGUGUGUGUCAUUACUAAACACAAAUAUACACACCAGUCAAGCCAUAUGACAUAUUAACUAUCCACUUACUUCAGGUGUAAGGGGUUUUCGUCCAUACUUUUUUCUCCACCACAACCCUUGGUAUUUAAUAAAUAUAUAUUUGUAUUCGGGGCCAUUUCAGUAUAGUAUGAAAUAGCUAGUGAGUAUACUUAUCAUAAUAAUUAAAAGUCGGUAGAGGUGUGCCGAAACCGACGUGUGUGGUAGGCCUGUAAAUAAGAGGGCCCACCUUAAAUAGUAUUUGAAUAGAGGGAGAGGAGGGUGGGUCAAACGAGCAUCUGGACCAGACGGUGAAUGAGGUAGGAGGGGGAGUCCCUUUUAAAGGGAUAUAGCCCCUCCCACAACUUCAGGCCCUGCCUUCCAAUUUGUAUUCGGGGCCAUUUCAGUAUAGUAUGAAAUAGCUAGUGAGUAUACUUAUCAUAAUAAUUAAAAGUCGGUAGAGGUGUGCCGAAACCGACGUGUGUGGUAGGCCUGUAAAUAAGAGGGCAAAAAGGAAUACCCAUAUAAUGUUAUCAAAGAUAUUUAUUAACGAAACCACAAGACAUGGAGUUAGCAUAUUUACGAUGACAUUUUCACAAAUGCAUGCCUUAAUUCUUGUGUUGGCUGUGGUAUGUAAACAGCGUAAGCGGAUGACUUCCAGCGGCCCAAGGUUUUUAUGAUGUGAACCGGGAUGUCUAGGCCUGAGGCUGUGGAGGCUGCCCCUAUCCGGAAUGAAUGCCCAGAAUAGUUUGCGGCGUUUAAGCCGAGUCUGGUCAAUAGUAAGCGAAUAUACAUCACAAAUUUGGCGGUAGUGAGUGCUGUGCCGUGCAGUGAAAGGAGAGCGAGUGAGGUUCGUGUAGGUGAUGACUGUAGAUAGUUGUUAAAAACUUUCACCGGGCACCAUGCGCUGUUGGUGGGGUAGUAUUGAAUAAGAACCUCGUGCCCCAUCUGGCUGGUCUUAGUUGAAGGUAAGCUUAAUACGUAGUGGUCCUGUUUUUUGUACAAGUUAGAAUACCGGAGGCAAUGCUUGGACUCGUGUUGCCUAGUAAUGGUAAAUUCUCUGGGUCGUAAGAAACCGUAAAAAGCCAAGUAUAUGGCCGUUUUAAGAGUGGUGUUAGUAAGGGGUUCGAACGGUGUGGUAUCUAGUAGGUUUGACAAACGUUUAAACAGUUGAAUGUCUAUAGGCUCCCUACGUUGCGGUGUAGGUCCUUGCGAUUUGAGCAUACCCCUAAGGAGGGUUUUAAUGGGGUAGGAGGUGAGAAACCCUUGGUUGUUAGGAUGUUCUGUGAACAUAUGAUGUUGGAUACCUGUGAGGUAUAGUUUUGUGGUAUUAUGCGACAUUUUUAACUUAAUGUGGCAAAAAGUGGCAAAAGCCACCAAUGUUACAUUGUCAAACCAAUUUGUGAGAUUAUGGUCUGCCAUGAAUUUCUUGUAUAGGUAGUAAGCUCUAUCAUAUGCGCUAUGCGUGUUUUUUGCGAGAGCGAGUUUUGUAAGUAUCUUGCUGUGUUGUAAUAAUUCCUCUAGUCCAUGAUUAGAUCCUGGAGUUGGGGAGCGAUCGUGGCUACCGGUGACGCUGUUGGUAGAGACUCCCUGAACGCCUGAAACUGAAAGCGGGACAGCUGGUCAGCAGCUGUAUUAUAGAUACCCGGUACAUGGUAACAUACUAGAUGAAACUGAUGACAGGCCGCCAACCACGUAAGACGUCUGAUAAAACUCAUGAUGGUUAGAGAGGUAGACCGGCCUUUGUUAUGACGUGGCAAAUCGCCAAGUUGUCAGAAAAACAUCGAACUGGUCUACCUGCCCAAGACUGUCCCCAUGUGACUGCUGCUGCUACUAUGGGGUACACUUCAAAGAGUGCAGAAUUCCUAAAAAAGUCUUCUAUUUGCUUAACUUCUUCCGGCCAUCUACCCCAUAGCCAGUUGUCCCCAAAAAUGGCUGCAAAACCUGUGGAGGCUGCUGCGUCAGUCCAAAUGGUAGGGGAAUCCUCUGUGACUUGGGGGAGGAACAUGCUCCUGCCAUUCCAGUUUGACAGGAACAAGUUCCACAUGUGUAAGUCUGCUGUGGCUUGCCUAUCAAGAGUGGUACGUUUGUGUUCGUCCGUUAGUGUCGGAAGAAGGCACAGGAGUCUGGAAAUGAAUGCUCUUCCUUGGGGUAUAAUACGAAUGGCAAAAUUUAGCGAGCCAAUCAGUGACUGAAGCUCUUUCCUAUUGCAUGAGCCUAUGCACAAGUACUGCUCAAUGGUCUGAGUGGUGUUGUCAAUCUUAUCUCUAGGGAGGCUGGCUUCCAUAGUUAUGGAGUCCAGUUGUAUCCCCAAAAACUGAAUGAUUGUAUCUGGACCUUCUGUCUUGGUGGGAGAUACUGGAACCCCAAUGGUGUUAAAUAAAUGCAUGGCUUUGUGUAAACUGUUAGGGGGGGUAGCGUUAUUUUCUAUGAAAAGGAAGUCAUCCAAGUAAUGAAUGACGCUAUGGCACCUGCUGGUAUUCAGGAGCAGCCAGCACAAGGUCUCUGCGAAAGUGUCAAAUAUUUUAGGACUGCUCUUGGAUCCAAAGGUGAGCCUUGUGAAGAAGUAAUACUGGCCUCUCCAUUUGAUACCAUGCAAAUGCCACAGCGACGGGUGUAUGGGGAGUAGUUUAAAGGCGUUAACUAUGUCGGUUUUGCUCAACCAUGCGCCUAUGCCUGCUGAGAUGAUGGUGGAUAUGGCGUCGUCUAUGGUGGUGUAUUGUAAAGAGAAUGCCUCUGACGGGAUCAGGGAAUUGAGGCUGGGUAUCACCGAAGCAUGUGGAGCAGACAGGUCUAUAAUGAGUCUUUGUUUGUUAGAUGUUUUCCCAGUGACUAGUCCAAUGGGAUUUGUUCUCCAAUUAGAGAACGGCGGGUCAAUAAAUGGACCUAAGACAAAUCCUUGGUCUUGUUCAAUUUGUAGUAGGUAGUCUACUGCGUCUGUGUCACAAAGGGCGGACUGGAGGUUGUUGGCUUCCCAUGUACCCCCUGGUAUGUGAAUGAGGCCAGUAUGAAACCCUUUAGAAAACCCUGCAAUCAAAUACUCCACAAGAUGUGUAGAAGGGUGCUUGGAGAGAAGCCCUGCCAGAACAUCAACAUUCACAGUAGUUAGGUAGGGUUUAAUGUGCAUUUUAUUAGGGCACAUAGCCUUUGCAUGUGCCCUGAAACAAUGGGAGCAGAUAUGCAGUAGACGGCAAGCACUAUAGGAGCAAGCCCCAACAUUAAAAUUAUUACAGAUCUGUGACUUGCCCAAAUACACGAUAGGGCGACCCAGCUUGUCUCUGCCCUGUUUCUCCCCCCUGGAAGUGCUUGGUGUGGCAAUGUUUGGGGCAUCGUCUGUGGAGACAGGACAGAGAUUUGCAGCGUGCGUGGUAGCCCCACAUAUUGCACAAGCUGGAGACCUUAGCCCGGCAAAGUGCCUGAGGAACAGCUCUGUAUCCAUUAGGCUCCAAUCCAUUCUUGCGUUGUACUGGGCGAGAGCUGUUGCCGCUUUAGUUGAAAAAGAACGGUGGUAAUCGUAAAAUGAUGACCCACCGUAUUUGUUGCCCAGGUCUACCAGCUUGUGCAUGUACAGGUCUAACUCUUCCCUUCUCUGUGGGUAAACUGAGCACAGUACGUCCCUGUAUAUGCCGAAUGCGAUAACGAAGUCUGGGAUUGCUAGUUUUUUGCUUAGUCUAGGAUCUCUGGCCUUGAGGACCACAGAAAUAUCGCCAUACGUAUAUGCGCGGUUUUCUGUCCUGGGAGGCAAUAAGCAGAGAGACUAGAUUUACAUCCUUGCCCUCCAGGAUGUCUUUUUUAAGGUUUGCUGGUACCAUAUGGGCUGGGUUGAUCACUUGUGACCCAAGGAUAGUGGGGGUAUUAGGAUUACCAGGUUGGGCUUGUGAUGGCCCUGGGAUAUCGGUAGCAGGUGGCUCUGGUGUCACAACUGGACCGCUACGAGCUUCCAGUCUUUCCAGUCUCUCGUUUAUCUGCCCCAUGGAAGACACUAGUGAGGUGACCAUGGUAUGCAGAUUAGCAUUGCUUGAAUUACUAGUGCCUUCCCUGGCGUCAGAAUUGUCCUGAUUGGCUUGCAUAAGCCUGUACAAUUCUGCCUUGCGGGCCGUAGCUGGAUAAGGAAUACUACGUUUGCGUAGUUCGGCCGUGAUCCGUGGGAUGGUCCAUGAUCUAAUAGAUGACGGGCUGCCUAUGUCCCCUUUGCGUGUGGGGGUGGCAGUCCUGGUCGGUGUACUAGGCAUUGAUAGUUCAUCUCCUUCUUCAUGAACUUGGGACAUACUGAAAUAUAUACGUAUGUAAUCGUGAGUUUCAUUAUGGAGAGUGUAAAAUGUUUAACUAGUGCCAAAGUGGCGAAAUAAUUCAUUAAACUUGUGGCAGGUGAGUCCCUAUUAAAUGCCAAGUGGCUAGUAGGAUUUAACUAUGGUUGGCGCGUGGGGUUGAUCUGUUGUACGUGUUUUACCAGUGGAGAUUUUAUCGUUAAUUGAGGGUUAUGACGGAUGACGCCCUAGCUAUGCAACAUGCGAGGCGUCUAGCUAUGAUUUGGCCCGUGGGGGUUUAAUACCUCUUACAUCGAGGAUGGAAGUUGGCCUCGCGGGACCUCUAACCCUAUGGCAGAAGGUGCCUGGGAGGAGAAUUACUUAAGUGGGCAUGUUGAUGUUUCUUAUACUGGUUGCUGCAACCGAGAUAACUUACCUGAGUGCCCAACGUUUGCCUGGCAGUCCUGUAGUAGUUUGUUUACUGUUAGGGAGGAUGGCCUAAACCCGGUGCUGGAUGACAGAAUGGAAGGCAUAAGGUACAUAUAAGUGUGUACUGCUAUCUUGUAACUGAAGCCUGCCCCCCCACGUUUUGUGGUGAAAUGUCCUAGGAUCACAUACCUAUGGUUGUAGGUUGAGUGCAAGUAGGUUCUGAAGGCCAAGUCCGUCUUAGUUUGGUUCUUGAGACUGUAAACACAUGUUAAACCGUUAUGGCAGUGUCCCAAAUAUCUGCUUGGCACAAAGUGCACUCGGCAUACAUUUGUGAGCAUAUGUACUGAGUGUCAUAUGUCUGAUUAAUGGGACAUACGUCGCCCAUAUGUUGUACAUACCAAGGAAGUAAUAUAAUACUUGUCUUUGUCUCGGUCUCUGACCCUGCCAGGGGAAUCAGUAUACCAGGUCACCAAAUAAAGGGAAAAUAUUCUUGAACUUUGCAAUUUGUCUAUAACCACGCAAGUAAUUCUGAAGAUUUAAUUGAAACCGUGGUGUGAGUAUAUGGUAUAUAUUCUUGAGUCACAUAGAUCCACAUAUUAGGUAGAUUAGUCACAUAAUUACCUCACAAUUUAGUGCCCGAGAACAGCUUAUAUCUGACUUAUAUGCUUUAAACAGUUGUUUCCACAAAUCUAUACGUAACCGGUUGUGCAUGAAUUAAAUGAAUACUUUAUUAUUCCUAACGUAAUAUAUAAAUCUGACCAUUUUUAAUAUUGCCAUUGUUAACACAUAUCACAGACUUUGAAAUAUACCAGGUAACAUUACUAUUUAUAGGGCGACAUCUAGUGGUUACAACUUGUAUUGCCGUCAGCAUUGCUGUAAUUUUUUGACAUGCUUUCUGGCUGAGGCUGUGAAGGGAGCUCUGCCCGUGUGAGUGAACCCCUGUCUGUAGGUAAGUAAGAGAGGAGGGGGGAGGGGGGGGGAGGAGAGAUUUGUAAGCUGCUGAUACCCCAAAGGGUAUCAAGGAGCCUUGCAAAAUAUAGUAACUUCUAAUUUAAAAAUGUAUUUUUUUUUUUUUUUUUCAAUAGUUUAUGUGACAGGGCACUUGUAGGUUGGGGUGGGGGGCGGGUUGGUGCGGCUAUUGUGGCAGAAAUCGCGGACCCCCGUGAAUUAGGUCCGUGGGGGUCUUGAUUGUAUUAGCCGCCUGACCGUUACCUGCCAUGAGCCUGGGGGGGUUCCCCACUCCUGGAGAGAGGGGGAGAGGAGUUAGUAGCCGGGUCCUACGGCUGCUGUGGAGUGAGGGGGGGGGUUAGGACCCGGGUGACACAUAAACCGGCUGUUGUGUAGUGAGAGGGGGGGUUAGGAGCUGGGUUACAGAAUAACUUGAACCGGCUGCUGUGCAGUGAGCGGCAGCAGGGGGGGAGGGGGAGGGAGGGCUGGUCUGCAUGAGGCCUGAUCCCCCGGCGGGAAUCAAGCCGAAUCAGCCCUGGCGAGGGGGUUUCUGUCCCCCACAAUACUGUAGCCGUGGACCUCGGCGGGUCAGGCUAUGUGUAGGCUGCAGACCGGUACAAUGAUACCGGUCUGCCAACUCACUGUUUAGUAGGGAAACCGGCAGUAGGAGCAACAGAAACUUUGAAAAUGCAGCUGUCAGGAGAAACUGAAAACCACGUUGGGAACCAGCAAUUCAAACGAGCAUCUGGACCAGACGGUGAAUGAGGUAGGAGGGGGAGUCCCUUUUAAAGGGAUAUAGCCCCUCCCACAACUUCAGGCCCUGCCUUCCAAUAUAUAUAUAUAUAUAUAUAUAUAUAUAUAUAUAUAUAUAACAUUUUGUAUGUUAAUGUGUAGGCAGUGCUUGUCAUUUUGUAUAGUUAGAUUACAAUAUUUAUCUAUAGUGAACUGGUGCAGGUGUUUUUAAAAGAGAUGCAUGGUUAUAUAGACAGCGAUCAAUAAUCAGGUGCAAUUAUACAAAUCUGUUAAUAGUAAUUUGGUCAUGGAUUGUUAGAUAAUGGGGAGAAGAGGGAAUAAAUGAAGCAAGUAGCAGGUUGUAUUUAGCGAUACGAGAAAGGGGAAUAGCUGGGAGGUGGGGUUAAUCAUUGUAGGACCAUGAAAGAAGUUUAUUUGCUAAGCCUAGUUUCCUGAGUUUGCUAAAUAUCAUGGGACCUGGCUGAAGAAAUGCUUGUAACUGUUAUUGUGAAUGAAUAGGUUGUAAUUUCCCCAUCACCACCAUGGCUUUGUGUUCUAAAGGUGAAUGUUCUCCUGCGAGUACUUAGCAUGUUGCUUAAUAAAACUUCAUGUUAAUUGGUGAAACCCUAGACAUCUGGCAAGAUUAUUGUCCAAGUGCCAAAACUUUCUUUUUAUUUCUGUUUGCAUUAAGGUGAAUGAUGGGAGUCUGACCAUCUCCUCCAUUGGACGUGAAGACAGAGGAUCUUACACCUGCCGUGCUACCAGUAUUCAGGGAGAAGCAGUCCACAGCACACGACUGCUCGUACAAGGUGCCUAAUUGCUCUUUCUGUUACCUUGUGAACUUAGGCGCUCUCGCAGAGGGAGGCCAGGGAGCGUGAGACCGUAGCAAGCUCUGAGGUCCCCUGGGCCUGGCCCUUCCUGGCUGAGCUCUAGGUGACAGCAUGGGCUGUUUUGGGCAGGUGAGGUAAUGUUUUUGUUCCUUUCCCCAGGGUCACCCUUCAUUGUUUCCCCUCCGGAGAACAUCACGGUAAACAUUUCCCAGGAUGCUCUGUUCACAUGCCAGGCUGAGGCCUAUCCAGGGAACCUUACCUACACAUGGUACUGGCAAGAAGAGAAUGUCUUCUUUAAAAAGUAAGCAAUGACCGAAUUUUUUUCACUAACUCCCACAUUAAAGCCUGACAAAAAACAUCACAUUUAUCAACACCCUGAACAAUGUCUGUACGUCUGGUUAACAUUUGUUUAAGCUGUACCCCAGUUCUGUCUGACUUUUAAUUUUUUUCACUUGUUUGUGAUCUAUUUUUUUUUUCUCUCUCCCUCUGUGACAUAGCAACAUUCUUUCUUUUGACUUCUUUUAAGCUAUUUAACUCCCAUUUUCUUUCUUCACUGGUUGCUCUCUGUCACAUAUUGGACAGUCUGAAAAUCACAUUUUUUUAAAUUUCAGUUCCAUGAGAUACAACACAUCUACUGCAAAGUCAUCUUUACAUUUUGAAAACAAAAAUGUGUUGUUUUUUUUAAGCUUAACUAAAGCAAUGAUUCUGUGAUGAAAUGUUAGAUCCAAUUUGGAAAUAAAGCAAACCAUUGUUGAGAGAUUACCCACUAAACGGAGACCUGUAUUAAGUUGCUAAUCGUCUUAAAAAUAUAGGUUGAAAUCCACUACUGUACAAUCCUAGAAAUAUAAUUUAUUUAUUUUUACGGACUUGCCAUUCUUUUCCUCAUGCAGUGACUUGAAGAUGAGAGUUCGAAUUCUGAUAGAUGGGACACUCAUUAUAUUCCGAGUCAAACCAGAGGAUGCUGGGAAAUAUACCUGCACACCAAGCAACAGUCUGGGACACUCACCAUCUGCAUCAGCAUAUCUAACUGUCCAAUGUAAGUGUCAUUCUGCCAGCUGUAUGCCUAACCUUGGGGACAGAGACCAGCAAAUCCAUUUCCCUUGAUGCCCACACUGCUAAAAUGUUCAAAGUUUUACUUUUAGAUAAGAUCCUCCCGGGCUGAGCUCUGUAUUGUACAUCACCCUCCUCCCUUCCCCCCCGGGGCUGGCCUCUGUUCUGUAACCAUACAGGUUUUCAUGAGGGAAUGAAUUAUUAUUAUUAUUUUUUAAACUUCCACACACCUCGCCCUGUCUAUAUUCCCAUAGAUCCCGCACGCGUAGUGAAUAUGCCAUCUGUUAUCUAUGUCCCGGUUGGUAUUCAUGGUCACAUUCGCUGCCCUGUGGACGCCGUGCCCCCUGUGACAUUUGUGAAGUGGAAUAAAGAUGGUCGUCCACUGAGGAUAGAUAAGGUAAUGCCUUCUUCUGCCGUUGCAGUGACAGUUUCCUAGCCUUUGGCCAAUAUCCUAUGUGAAGUGGAACAGGAAGAGGUUUGUGCGUUUAAUGAAUCCUGCCACACACCAUUCUCCAUGCAUCUUGCAGCCCAGUGUAUGGUGCAAUCAGACCGGGCUAGCUGUACCAUCUGUCAUAUUCCAGCACACGCUAGGCUGCAAUGGAGCAGUGAAAGAAAUGUGUCUGUGCGGCUGGACAUGGCAAAUGUGCACCUCCUGUUCCCAAACUUUUGGGACAUAGACACCCCUCCUGAGGAAAGGAAGCUAAAUAACACCUUCAGGUUUACCUAGGGUACCAAGAAGUUAACUUUUUACCUAUCCCUCAGUUCUCUGGCUGGAAGCUCUUGGAAGAUGGUUCUCUUCACAUCGAGGAGGCUACGGAUGAAUUACUGGGCACCUACACCUGUGUGCCUUACAACGCGUUGGGGACCAUGGGCCAGUCCCCUCCUGCACGGCUGCUGCUGAAGGUAUGGAAUGGAACGUAAUACCAAUGGUUCUUUAUAGCACAGACAUGACUUUCUGGACGUCAGGAAAAGGAUUUAUCAUACUAAAAAAAACAAUACUGUAAUAGUCUGUACAAAUAUUACUAUUUGCCCAAUAAAAUAGUUUGUUCCAUUUGAGCAAAACAAACUCAUUUUGUUUUACCGGGAAUUAUGAUUUUAAAUUAAUGUUCCUUUGAUUCUAUCAGACAACAGCGCCCCCUGUAGACUUAGCUCCUCAUUUGGUUUUAUUGUGUGUUUUAGUAGUAUUUCACUUUUUGUGAACACAUGUAGAGAUUGGACAUUUUUUAAAUUUUGCAUUAAAAUAAAUGCUGAAUAUUCAAACUUAUAUCAAACGCACAUACAUUUUUGUUUUGUUUUUCCUUUCCUUAAAUAAAAAAAUCUAAAAAUAACAACCACGAGAAAAUGUUUACCAUAGUGAGGUGUUCUUCCAUUGUUGAAACCAUUUUUUAAAUAGUACAUUUGGAGUAUUCAGUUGUCAAGCUGUCGCUGUAUUUUAUUGUGUAUGUGUGUGUGUGUUUUUUUUUUUUAAAUCCAGAUUUUUCCUGAUUUUAUUUUUAUUUUGAUUUAGUAAAGCAAUGAAUGGUUGCAUUUAAAAAAAACCAAAAAACAAAAACAUUAUAUGCAGUUUGAGCUACACUAUCUCGAAACACAGAUACUGUUUAAAUGACAUAAGAUUGAUGAGUUGUUGGGUAGACAGACAGACGCUGUGCUUUGAAAGGUAGCGAAUGACGCACACUACUUUUUUCAGGACCCGCCCUAUUUUACGGUGCUCCCUGGCUGGGAAUACAGGCAGGAGGCUGGGAGGGAGCUGCUCAUUCCUUGUGCCGCUGCAGGAGAUCCCUUUCCCACCAUCUCAUGGAGAAAGGUAAAACUUCUUAUUCUAGUGGUGCUGAGCAGAACAAGUAAACUUUAUACACUUUCUAAAAAACACUUGAUUUCAUAAAUUAGCUUUCUAGCAUUUGGGAUGAAAUUAACUCUUACUGUACAUUUGGUUGGAAAGGACAUGGGUGCGCCUGGGAUCUAUUUAACAGAAUAUGAAUGAUUUGUAAAUUGGCGUUUUUGUUUAGGAAUAAAACUUUGUUCCAUCUCCUUCUGCAAGAGGAAGAACCUAGGGCAGGUUAUUCCCAUAAUUAUGAUAGGGAAAUGCUACUGGAUAAGUAAAACAAUUUGGUUCUCUUUUGGCAUUCUCUUUGCGGUAGCACAUGACAGUGGACAAAGCAACUGACCAUAAGCUGCAGGAAUUCUCAGCAAGGUGACACCAAGUUACUUUUUCCUGGGGGAGGGACGGACAUCUCAGACAUGUAAACACUAUAUGAAAUAAGCUGUAUUACUAUAAAUGCUGGCUGCAGGGGGGGAGGGCAUGUGUGCAAUGAAAGCUCAAGCUGUAGGUGUAGCAUGAAAGCGUGAAAAGUCUUUCAAAGUUCCUAUCUGAUUCUUUAAAUAGGGGACUGCAAUGUGUUUGUUAUAUAACCUAACGUUCCAUUAUAUCCAUCUUUAUCCCACCACAAGAGUCUUGUUUUCACAAGAAAUCCAUAGAAAUUAUCAUCUGAUCUAAUUUGAAAAUGAAGCACAUGUCUCAAUGCUUUCUGGCUGAGGGCAUUUUUGCAUUUCAUGAUCUGUUUUAACCCGCUGAGUACAAAGGUUCAAUCAGGGCAUUGGAGUUGCUUCAACAAAAAGUGUCCAUAGAAUGUAAUAAAAAUAAUUGAUGGCUGCUGUCACAUCAGAUGGAUAUUUUGAUGUCCAAAUGCAGGACACAGGAUAGUCUACAAAUGUGAGCACAAGUUUCUUCAACAUUCUGUGGAACUAGAAUGCUAUUAAUUGCAGGCACCUUAGAGCUUAACUGUGCUGCGAAGCCUUGACCUAGUGGUGUGAAGGCUGUCAAUUCCCAUAAAUACAUAUAAAACCUUAUGUUGGCUCUGUCUAGUUGCUGGCCCAAAGAAAACCGAUGAUGUUGGCUGUAUAUCCUGUGGCAGAAAGGGUUCCUGGUAUUUUUUGGUAAUAGGUGCUCUUGUCUAAUGUACUAAUGAUAAAUGUUUCCUCUAUAAUGGCACAAGUGCAAUUAAACUGGUUUUCACACAAGCUACUAAAGUAUUGCAUUAGCUCGUUCUUGGUGUUCUCAUAUCUGUUCUUACUUGAACAUAUUGUUUAGAAACAUUUCACAACACAAUGAGAUUUAUUGGCUAAAAUGGGAAUUGUAGGCCAAUGUCAAGUGGUGUGUGUUUUUUUUUUUUUUUUGUUGUUUUUUUUUAAUCGCCAAAAUGCUUGACUUUCCUGGCUACUUCUUCAGAAUAACUGGUUUAUUGAUUAAACCCCAAUAUAUCCAAUUCCAUCAGGGACUAGAUCUUUUAUGAGCCUUUUGUCUUUCCAAUUGCUACUGGUAACAAAUAAAACUUUCCAACAGGCCCUGGAAAUUCUGAAUUCCCAGGUGUCCACCUCUAAUAAGAUACAUCCCCCUGAGAAAAUAGUUCAUUCUAAAACGGUCUCCCUGUUCUAUAAAUGUGGAGUUCAUCAUCUUGGCAUAGAGCCCCCCUUCUCCGGUAAUUAAUAUAUAAAACAAAGCCCGCUUGGAGAUAGUCUGUGCGGCUCAAUAUCUUUUAACAUUGUUUCUUUUUUUAAUGAAAUUAAUUAGUAAUGAUCAGUCCAAUCUAAAUGAACAUUUGAUCGCACAGGAUUUUCAGUAUGUGAAAAGGAGAACGUGAAUACAUUACUGUGUAGAACACUGAUCAUAUUCUGUAAUAUUUGUAUUAAAUGUAAGCCAGGCUUUUUGCACUGGGAGCAAUGUUCUCUUAGGUAGCUAAUUUACACCUCUUCCUGCGCUGAAUAUUCUCACAGGUUUGGGAUAGAAGGUGUCUGAAUGUCUAGGUGUGUAGGUCUGUGAGAACAUUCUUUAUUGUAUUGCCCAUGAUUCAGGUGUCGCCUCCUGGUGGCCGCUGUUCACAGAUCUUUUAUAACUGUUGCAGGUCGGAAGGCCAUCCCUCAGUAAGCACAGUGUGCUGCCUAGCGGCUCCUUGCAGUUCCGAUCACUCGGUAAAGAAGAUCAUGGGGAAUGGGAGUGUAUAGCCAGCAAUGUGGUAACAAGCAUCACUGCCAGUGCUCAUCUCACGGUUAUUGGUAAGUUGAGAUUGGAUCGCAGCAUUCCCUGUAUUAUAUUAUCAGACUGGUGAACAAGUAAAGGUAGAAGAAUGACAAUGUAUCAUGUUAUUGGUGAGCAGUCCAAGUCCCUAAAGCCAGUAUAUAUUUCAGCAAAUAGCACUCUCUGCAAUGCAGGCGGUAUAAAUAGCAGCACAGUGAUUGCCUAAUUAUUCUGUUGGGUAAUCGGCUUAAUGUUUUAUUAUUUUCCCAUUAAGUGUAAAUAUUUAUAGGAUUAUUUUUCAGUUGGAUGCAAGUGUGAAAGUGUGAUGUGUUCUGUCUUUUUUGUAAUAUGUAAAUAUAUGUAAAAACAGAUAAAAUGUGCAUCUUGUAAUACCUUUUUUAUUGGACUAACAGAAUUUUUUUAAUGACAAGCUUUUGGGAGAACCUCCCUUUCUCAAGUCUGAAGCAUUUCUGAGCAAGACGAUACAUAGAAUUCAAAGUUGAGGGUUAAAAAGGGUUAAAGUGACAAAAGUGCAGAUAAGACACAGGUUUGUUAGAAAAUAGACACCAUUCUUGCAGAGGGUCAUAAAUAUCUUUCUGAAGAGCAGAGUGAGGGAGGAGAGGGAGAAAAACAAAACAAACAAAAAAACAAGCAGACAGUGCAGAAGGUGGUACACUUUAUACAUACACACACACAUAAAUAUGUAUAUGCAAACGAAUAAACACAUGAACACAUAUACAUACAUGCACAUGAACUCAUAUAUACAAAUAUAAAUGCACAGUCACAUAUGUAAGCAUACAUGCAUAAGAGUAUGGGAAAGCAUAGUCUACACAUAGUACUUAUAUAUUCCUGUCCUAUUGUGUUUUACACCCCACCUCCUACAGACUGUAAGCUCGUUUGAGCAGGGUCCUCUUCAACCUAUCGUUCCUGUAAGUUUUCUUGUAACUGUCCGAUUUAUAGUUAAAUCCCCCCUCUCAUAAUAUUGUAAAGCGCUACAGAAUCUGUUGGCGCUAUAUAAAUGGCGAUGAUGAUGAUAAUAAAUUGAUAGAAUAAACAUAUUGGAAUGCAUAUAUGUAUGUGUGUAUGGGAAAGCCUAUGUCUAUACAUAGUACUUUGUAUAUUGAUAGAAUAAACAUAUUGAAAUGCCUUUUAAAAUGUUGAUUCAUAGAACAGUAAGAUAAUGUUGGGGGAGUGUUCAUGUAAAGCAUUGGUAGUGGGACAGGAAACCCAAAUCAAUAUUUAGUCCUCUAUUCUUGCUGUUAAACAAUUUGAUCAUUCUGACUUUAAAAGAUUUUCUUUCUUGGGUAUUUUUAAAACCCCUUUCAGUACUUUGAUUUUUAGGUCCUUCAUUGAGUGGCCAGGCUGGGUAAAGUGGUGUCCCACAGGAGUGCAGUACGAUCCUUCUUUGUGGUGUUUAAUGGAGGGUCUGUGCAUAUUCAUUCUGCCAUUUAAUUGCUGGCUGGAUUCCCCAAUGUAGCAUCCAAGGUGGCAUUUGGUGCAUUGAAUCAUGUAGACCACUUUGCUGGAUGUGCAGGAGUAUGAACCUUUAAUGCCGUAGGUUUUAUUGUUGUGUGUGACUGUGGUGUCUGUGCAUAUGUGCUGACACAGUUUGCAGCGAGGUUUUUUGCAUUGACUGGUCCCAUUUUCUUUAUUCUUACCAUCAGUGGGCAGCUUCCUGUUGAUUAAUUUUUGUUGGAGGUUUGGUGGUUGUCUGAAGGCCAAAAUGGGUGUUUCAGAGAAAAUGUUUUUCAGAGUCUCUUCUUCUGUUAACAUUGGUUGUAGGUCUUUGAUUUUCCAUAUUUCCUCAAGAGCUGGGGUGUAGGUGACCACAAGUGGCACUCGUGUAGAUGUGUUUUUUUUUCUCUGUACUGUGUGUGUCGUUUUUACAGCAGAGUUGAUUUGUUUGGUAAUAGUCUUUGGUUUGUAGCCUGUCUCAUAGAUUGGGAGAGUACAUUUAGAUAGGAAUUACGGUCAUUAGGAUCAGAGCAUAUUCGAUGGUACCUAGUGGCUUGGCUGUAGCUGAUGCCCUGUUUAGUAUGGGAGGGGUGGAAGCUGGAGCUGUGAAGGUAACUGCACCUGUCUGUGGGCUUUCUGUAAACCGAGGUGUGGAUUGUGCCAUUAUUACAUGUCACAGUGGUGUCCAGAAAAUUCACAGAUCUAGUGGAAUAUUCCAUUUUUAGUUUGAUGGAUGGAAUGUGUUAAAAGAGUCAUGGAACUGUAUCAGUUUUUCUUCACUUUCAGUCCAAAUUAUGAAGAUAUCAUCAAUAUAGCGAUAAUAUUUGUAUUGUUUGGUGUGCUGUAUUUCUAGGAACCGCUGUUCAAGAUCUGCCAUAAACAGAUUAGCAUAUUGGGGUGCCAUCUUAGUGCCCAUAGCAGUGUCCAUGGUUUGUAAGUAAACCUCAUUGUUAAAACUGAAAUAGUUAUGUGUGAGGAUAAACAGUGCCAAUUCUGUGAUCAUUCGGGGGCUGUAUUUUUGGGUGUUGGCAUAAGAGAGGAAAUGUAAGCAAGCAUUCAUGCCAUCUGUAUGUGGAAUGUUGCUGUACAGAGAUUCCACAUCCAUGGUUACAAGGAUGGUGUUAAUAGGGAGAUUGGAGAUUUGGCUGAGUUUGUUGAGGAAGUUGGUUGUGUCUUUUAUGAAGCUGUUAGUGUUGGUGACUAGAGGUUUUAGGGUAUUUUCUACCAGUCCUGAGACCUGUUCUGUGAGAGUUCCCAUUCCUGUAAUUAUGGUUCUUCCAGGAUUACCUGCUUUGUGGAUUUUAGGAAGCAUGUAGAAAGUGCCCAUGCAGGGACUAGUUGUAUGUAUAUGUGUUCAUGUGUUUGUUUUUUUGCAUAUACAUAUUUAUGUGUUUGUGUAUGUAUACAGCGCUAUGUAAAUAAUAAAAUAAUAAUAAUAAUAAUAAUGUAUAAAGUGUACCACCUUCUGCAUUGUCUGCUUGUUUUUGUUUUGGUUUGGUUUUCUUCCUCUCCCCCCUCACUCUGCUCUUCAGAAAGAUAUUUAUGACCCUCUGCAAGAAUGGUGUCUAUUUUCUAACAAACCUGUGUCUUAUCUGCACUCCUGUCGCUUUAACCCCUGUAUCACAACUCAACUUAGAAUUCUAUGUAUCGUCUUCCUCAGAAAUGCUUCAGACUUGAGAAAGGGAGGUUCUCCUGAAAGCUUGUCAUUAAAUUCUAUUAGCCCUAUAAAAAAGGUAUUACAAGAUACAAAUGUUAUGUUUUUUACAUCUACAUCACUGGACUAAUACGGCUACAAUCUCUCUCUCUCUCUCUCUCUCUCUCUCUCUCUCUCUCAGUUUUUAUGGUUUAACUUUAGGUAAAGAAAAGUUAUUAGUUUACUUAUUUUUGGUUUUCUGUUUACUUAUUUUUGGUUUUCUAUGUUAGAUCUGUCUAAAUAUAUCUAUGACCUUUUAUGAUUUUUUAAAAAUGUUUUAAAUAUGAAUAUAAUUAUAUCUAAAAAAAAAAGAAAAUCUGUUCCCUAUAAAUCUUGAUGGGAUUUUUAAAAAAUUUUGUGGGGGUAAUUUUUAGUUAGUUAAAAGUAAACUCCGUUUCCCUUUUUUUUGUGUGUUGGUUUGCAAUAUUUAUAGUAUCAUUAUUUGUUUUUUGUUAGGUACCAGCCCUCAUGCCCCUUCUAAUGUCAGAGUCAUGGUGUCCAUGAAUACGGCGAAUGUGUCGUGGGAAGCGGGAUACGAUGGAGGAUUUGAUCAGACAUUCUCUGUUUGGUAUGGCGCUCUGUGAGUCACCCCCAGCAUGCUUUGCUGCUUCUUUUCCGCCUUCGUCUUUCUGUGCUCACCAUUUCUGCCAGAGGGGAACUUCCCUGACCCCUCAAUGCAUUCCUCUGGAAACAUAUAGAAAAUUCUCUAUAUGUGGAUAUCUCUGUGGGUGUGUGUGUGUGUGUGUAUAUAUAUAUAUAUAUAUUUGUGUGGAUAUAUAUAUAUAUAGAUAUAUGUAUGUGGUAUACACAUAUAUAUACACGUGUAUAUCUAUCUGUACAUUUGAACAUAUACGGAAUGCUGUGCUCAUACAUGGUGCAUUAUUUAUAGAGGAUCACUACUAGGAGAUUAACACAGAUGUAAAUGUCAUCAACAAUGCAUAUUUCACAUCAUUUAAUCGUCAGGACAGAACUUUACAUUUUGUCUUACCCUGUCAAUGUGUUAAUUAUUUUGUGAGAAUGCAAAAUAUGUCUGGGAAUAUCUGUAUCUGCAGGUUGGGGCUCCGAGUGGAAUACAUGCAAAGAGAUUUCAUUGUCCAUUAGCUUUUCGCUGUUCUGCCAGUCUGUCUAAUCUCCUAUUACAUCAACAUUAUCUACUUGAUAAGGCCUUAUCCCAAAAUCAUUCACAGCAAAAUGACACUUAAUCUACAAAUAAUGCACGUUACACUUAAUGACGUCUCUCCAUUAAUAAAUAAGGAGAUAAGUAGUGGAAUGAGAGAUGGUGGGUGCUUGGAGAGGUAGAGUGCUUGCCAGGAGCUGUAAGCAGACUUUAGGUUAGGUGGGUGGUGGGGCUGUUGAAUUUAAUUGGAGGUUUGCCUGUGCAUACAAAUGAUUUUGAGGAACGGGGUGAAACACUAAUACAAUAUGUGGCCGUUCAUUCCGUCAUUUAAUAGAGUUCAAAUACAUACUUACACUGUUAUUCACUAAAGUGAGAAUUAUCAGCAAUUCAAACUCAACAACAAAGCAGCUGAACUGGCAAACUUCUCUAAAUUGGCAAGGCUUCCAUAUCAACUGCUUUGGGAUUGCAUUUGAAAUUCACUUUUUGAUUUCCGAACAAUGCUCACUUUGGUAAAUAACCUUGACAUUCUCAUGAUUUUGUCAAGUUUGGUAUUGAUUUGAGUUCUGUCAGUGAUAUAAAAUGUAUUCCAUGUUCUGUGUGCUUGAAGUCUGUUUGAUGUAUGCUUAAUGUAUUCUGGUGGUAUUUUUUAAUUCACUUGGAUAUGUAAUGGAGAUGCGCAUAAUUUUAUCAUUACGAUUCUCCUCUUCUGCUUUAUAAACAUGAAAGGUUUAUUCACUAAACUGGUUGUUGAGUUUUUACUAAAGGCAAGGGGAAUUUAAAUGUUAAGUCAAAAUAGCCGAUUGGAAUCAUAGCUGAGUUUUUCCAGUUAAGAUGGUUUUAAUAUGGGUGAAUAACUGAGCAACCAAAAUUUGUAUUUAGAUGUGUGUAAUGGUCAUUGUCCAUAUUAAGAAAGUGAGACAUUUUUCGAUAAUUUGGAUUACAAAGGUUAGGUUACUAGGUGGGAGAUGAAAUAAUAUGGGUGAAUAACUGAGCAACCAAAAUUUGUAUUUAGAUGUGUUUAAUGGUCAUUGUCCAUAUUAAGAAAGUGAGACAUUUUUCGAUAAUUUGGAUUACAAAGGUUAGGUUACUAGGUGGGAGAUGAAAUACUACUAAUUGACUGUAAAUCAUAUCUGGCUACAAUCACAAGGUCAGUGAUUAAAAGAUGAUGGUUUUAGAAUUGUAACGUACUUUCCUGCUUUAACAUCAUUUUCUUUCACAGAUCCACUCUUUUCAUGUUAUUCUUGCCUUUAUAUUGAACAAUGAAAAGAUUUCACGUUUUGUCUCGACUAUUUACAAAAUUCCAAAAAGAGGGGAAUACACGUGUAUUUCUGAUAUAGAAAACCCAUUCUAGAGUCUGUGAGAGCAAUUAUCUUUUGCUAAAUGACCAUAUGGGUCUAGGCGUAGACCAAAGCACAGAUUUAACUUGACCCGUUCAAACCCCUACAAUGCUUUCUUCCAACUAAGAGAUGUAAUACUCCUACAUUGUCACACCCCUGAACCACUGACAUAAUGUUUUUUUUUUCUCGUUUUUUUUCAAUAUAAAACCCAAAUACAGAUGCAAAAUGCAUCUUUAAAAAAAAAAAAAAAAAAAAUUAUUGGGGAUCGUUUUGGACUUUUCCUGCCACUUUCGACCUUAGCAUAGUGAUUUAAAUUGCCCUUUGCAGAUGUCAGCUUCAACGUGCCUAGUUAUCUUAAAGAAAAAUUAAAAAAAUUGUGGGUUUUUUUUGGCAACAUUGAAACUUUCCCCAAUUGGAAAUACUGAACAAAAAAAGGAAUUCUGGAAUAAAGUUCUAAAAGGAGAGCAGUACCCUUGGAAACCAGUGGAGUGUUCUUGCCGAUUACUCCACAUUUCACACCAGAAUUGCCCUUAAUAUAGACCAUACUUGUGUCACAGGGAUUUGAAGAGUGUAAAAUCUUUUUACGCAGGAGGAAACUAGGAUUUGUUUGCUUAUUAGCAAUAUUGUGUUUUACUCUGACCACUCCAGCUUCUCUGCCUUUCAAUGUCUGCUUUUGGACUCUUAAUUAAGUGACUUUCAUUCUGCACAUCUGACACUCCCAGUUCUGUUUAAAAAAAUAUGUUGGAUUUCCCCCACUUUUGGGACUGUUAAAAAUGUCGGUUUACAGUGUAAGCAGACGAUAGCUGGUCAAUGCAAGUGAUAUUGAGCCAAACAGUGACACGUUGGAAUGACACCAAUGCUCAUUACAUGAAUAAAUCACGUUUAUAUUUAAAUAAUUAAAGCACAUUUCCAAGUAUGGUCUACGCAGACCUAGUGAGAGUCAGAGGCAGACUGGUGGUCACAAUACUUGUUUGCUCUUAUUGUGAAACCAAGAGUUUAAAUAUCUAGUCUUUCAUCUAUCUGCACUAUUCCAUGAUCUCCCAAAGAAUCCGCUCUUUUAUCUGUUUCCAUCUGGUUCUCUGAAGGAUCAAGCGUGCUCAGUUUGGACCCCAUGAUUGGGUCUCCAUGCCUGUUCCUGGUGGAGUAUCUUUCCUUCUUGUGGACUCCUUGGAUCCUGAGACAGAAUACCAGUUCAGUGUUCUCGCUCAGAACAAAUUGGGGACAAGUUCAUUCAGCGAGGUGGUCACAGUGAAGACCCUAGGUGAGGUGGAUACAAUUUUAAUACUUUCAUUCUCUCAGAGUUGAAGGAUUUACAUUGUAUCAUGCUGCUAGUAUGUAAGCAUGAAGGCAAAUGUCCUGUUGGUGAUGUUCAGACUGCCAAAUGUCAGACUGGCAUGAUUAACUGGGUUUUUGCAUGGGAUUUAAUAAAUGUCAUCUGAACAUGUUACUUUGUGUUAUUUUAAAAGCCUUCCUUCCCACAACCCCUGAGCCUCUUCUGGUAUUGACCUCACCCCGCUGCCUGAUCGCCAAUAGAACUCAGCAGGGAGUCCUCCUGUCUUGGCUUCCUCCAUCCAAUCAUAGCUUUCCUUUAGAUCGUUACAUCAUGGAGUUUCGUCUAGCAGAAAGGUGGGAGAUUCUAGAUGACUCGAUUGGGGGCAGUGACACAGAAAUCCUAGCGAAGGAACUAUCCCAGGUACAACUGUAACUGCUUUAUAAACCAUGAGAUUUCUGGCUAGAUCUGUCACUUUUUCUGGAUAGUCUGUAGGCACUGGAGUUCACUAUUUUGAACUGCUUCUUUACAGGAUACGUGGUAUGAGUUCCGGGUGCUGGCUGUGAUGCAGGACCUGAUCAGUGAGCCCAGUAAUAUCGCUGGAGUGUCUAGUUCAGGUGUGUAAAUGGCCAUAGACCAUCAAUAUUAUGCCAAACAUCCACCGAUCUAUGGGCUGAAGUUUUACAUUUUCCUGAGUGAACCCAGCACCAGAAGAAUAACCAUAAUACAACCAAAAUAAAUUCAUCUCUUAACCUGAUUGGAAUUUGUAUCGGCUAUUACAGUGCUUGAAGAGUCAUUUUCAAAUUACCUGGAAAACUUUAUUUUCUCUCCUUAGCUUCAAUGGCCUGCCCUCUUCUGGUCAAAGAUUACAUUGCAGCACAAAACUGUCAUUCAUGUACCUGGUUUCUGAGAAAUCUGUAAAUUCCAUGGAGAAUUUCUGUUAUCUCACUCGACAGGGCAGUUUGAUUUAAAAGGACUUCCUCUUAGCUAAUAAUAAUAAUUAAAAGCAAGGGCUAUAUAUAUGGAUAUAGUAUCUUUUUUAGGUACUUGUUUAUGGAAAGGUGAAAAAGAGCUUAAUGAUCCAUGUGGGACGAGGGGGUUAUACACACAGAUCUGUGCAGCCGUUGGCUCUUUAUUGGGGGGAGGGCUCAGUGUUAGGAUUAUGUGACAUCAUAAUAAAUCAGGAGUCUGCAGGUUACACGGUAAAUGUUGACGCUCAUUGCUCGGACUCUUCCUCCUAUCCAGUUUUAGUGCAGAGUACUACCCACUUCCCUAUUGUAUGUGUAUUGUGGGCUAUAUAGUCUUGUAUGAGUGGGCUUAUGUGCUCUUGUAGUAUGUCAGAGCCAGAACUUAAAAAGAUGACGAUCCCCGCCGUUCUGACAUCCGUUCAAUUUUGAGGUUGUAAAUUAUCUCUCCUCUUUUUUCUUUCAGAUGUUUUUCCAUCUCCAGAUCUGAGUGAUGAGGGGUUUGCUCGCCCAGUGCUUGCUGGCAUUGUGGCAACCAUCUGCUUUUUGGCAGCUGCUGUCUUGUUCAGUACAUUGGCAGCUUGCGUGGUGAACAGGCAGCGUAAGCGUAAAAUGAAAAGGAAAAAAGGUGAGUCCUGGGUCCUGCGAGGUGCUUGGGAAAAGACACCCUGUAAUAUGCAAGCUGUUUUAAAUUGUGUAUUCUUCCCUAUGCAAUGUUGGGCACCUGUUCUAAAGAAGGAUAUUGUGGCCCUAGAAAAAGUGCAGAUUAGGGCUACAAAAUUGAUAAAAGGAAUGGAACAUUUUAGCUGUUAAGAAAUGUAAACCUCUUUAGUUUACAAAAACGUCGCCUGAGAGGGGAUAUGAUAACCUUAUACAAAUAUAUUUGGGGCCAGUACAAACUAUUGUCUAGAAAUCUGUUUAUAAACAGGGCUAUACGUAGGACACAAGGCCAUCUAGACCAGAAGAAAGGAGUUUCAGUCUAAGGCAAACGAAAGGGUUUUUUACACUAAGAACAAUCAGGAUGUGGAGAGUUGUUUGUUUUUAUCAGUAUAUACAGUCUAUACAGUCUAUACAGUCUAAAACAAAAUAUUCAUGGAUGUCAUUUUUUAUUAGUGAGUCAAGGAGAUAUCUGGGUGCCAUUCUGGGGUCAAGUAGGAUUGUUUCCCCCUAGCUUGUUGCAAGUGUUUUUGCCUUCUUUUUGAUCAACAGCAAAAACAAAUAUGAGUGAGGUUGAAGUUGAUGAACGCAUGUCUUUUCUAAGCUGUGUAGCUAUAUAUUGAACUGUGCACUUCAUAAGUUAUUUAUGUGACUUGAACUUUUCUUAUUGCAUGGUCGUCAUUCUUGGCAAGGGAAAUCACAAAUAUCAGAUUUUGUAUAAUCAGACCCUUCAAGUGAACAAAACAAAUUGCAAGCAUUAAAACAAGCUGUAACCCUCCUUUCUUUCCAAUUUAUGGUCUGAUCGUUACUGACAUAUUAAAGCAUCCCUGUCACCUUUAAGCUUUUCAUGACGUUAGAAUCUUUAUGAAAAGCUGUUGUUGACAGUGUUGUAACUUCACAUACAAAAGACAAAUUACGGACUACUUUGUCUCAUUCAAGUGCUGAUUUUUGGCAGUAUUUGGCAUGGCGUGGAGCUUACACUGCAACUUUGCAUUUACUUAUCUGGAAAAAAAAACUUUUAACCAGAGUACCAGCUUGGUUCUCUUAGCCUAAGCUUUGUAAUUCGGUUUUGAAUUCACUGCAGUUCAAUGUUUACUGAAUAAAUCCAGAUUAAGGUACAUUAUACACACAAACAUACAGUUUUACAUUUUACAAGUCUAUUUAAAACCACCUUUCUCUGCAAACAAAUAUGUGGUAGAUAUACUUUUUCAUGGCAAUAGUGGAAGGACAGGGUGCUCAACCCAAAAUAAAUCUGGUCUGGAGUAAAAAAAAAAAAAAGCUAUAUUUUUGUCUGUAUGGCAGCACCACUGCUGAUAAAUGCAUGUUGCUGGCGUGCCCCCAAUUCCUUUUUACUGAAUAAAUCACACAGGAUCACAUAUAUAUAUCAUAUUUCAGUAAUAUUACACAUGAUCUCUUUCACUACAAAAUCUCUAGUUGUGACAAUCGUAUUCUUCACAAACUUGGCUAACCAGCUUGGAUCAUUUUUGAUUCUUGAGCUCUGUUUUCCUUUUUCUCUACAGAUCCACCUCUUUCAAUCACUCAUUGUCGAAAAAGCAUGGAGUCUCCGUAAGUACACAGUAAUAUAUAGAGAAAUGUUGUAACGGAUUGGGAGUUUUCACUAGUUUUACAAUGCUUGUGUGCAUUAACAGUCCUGUGUUUUGUUUGUGGUAAAUAUACUCCUGGGGGGAAUAAACUGCUUAUCCUGUAAACCUCUGAUACACAGAGUCUCAUUGAUUAAAAAUAAAACCCAGACACUAGGAGAAGUCUUUCCUGACUAACUUUUAAAUUCCCAGCAAUUCACACUUUAGUGAAUAAUGCUAUAAAUCUUCAUUUAAAACAAAUAAACAAACAAACCUGGCCAGGGGACUUUAGAUACUAUAACCACUUCAAUGUUAAAGUACUGUGCCUACAGUGUCCUUUAGUUUUAAUCAACUGUAUAAAGGUAUUUUUAAAUUUGUAAUCAUUCUGAGAAGUAUGCAUGGUUAUCGAAGAACUACCUAUGAAAUUAUAGUAUUUACACAUUGUUGUCCUCUCUCCCUCUCACACUUUCUGCAGGUUGUCCUCUGGAAAGGUAAGCCCAGAGAGCGUACGGACACUCCGUGCCCCAUCAGAGUCAUCAGAGGAUCAAGGCCCGCCAUCCAAACGCCCUUUGAGUCCUGGGCGUGAAAAAGAGCUGUCAUUGUACAAGAAAACCAAACGUGCCAUGGCCAGCAAGAAGUACAGCGUUAGCCAGGCCGAAGCAGAGGUUACCACUCCCAUUGAAUUGAUUAGCAGAGGUCCAGAUGGGCGUUUUGUGACAGAAAGUCCAGACCAGGAACCAACUCUCAGGAGUCGCAGGAUUCAAGGUUUCCCCUUUGCUGAAGAGACAGACAUGUACCCAGAGUUUCGUCAGUCAGAUGAGGAGAACGAUGAGCCAUCAGGCAUGAAAUCCCAACUCACCCCAUUGUCAUCCAGUCAGGACUCUCCUCUCCAGCCUCCGGCAUACAGUCCCCGCUUCCAGCAUCCAUCUAGUGAGGGAAGGCAACAAGCAUCAGGCCAGUCCCGACCUGGUGGAUACCAUCAUGGCCAUCUGUAUGGCUACCUCAGCAGUAGCCCUCGUGAUUCAGAUCCACCUCCACCCUUCUACAUGCCGGAAGUUAGCCCACUGAGUUCUGUUAUGUCCUCCCCACCAUUGCUUCCAGAAGGAUCUUUUCCCCCCAUCCCAGAGGAAAAUGGAGAGAACAGUUCCAGUAGUACACUUCCCCUAACACAUACACCUACUGGAGGGCGCUCUCCAGAACAGUGGGGUGGCCCUGACUUCCCUUUUGGAGGUUUGGAGGCCCCGCCGUCUCCCUCCAUGUUUGUACAGCACAGGUACGAGACAGCGGAGAUUAGGCGUCCUCUUCCUCCACCUCCUCCUGCACCUUUUCCACGUGGACACCCACCACCAAACUCCCUACAGGUCCCAUCAUAUGCUGCCAUUAUACCCCUGGAACCUCAUCCUGGCUGGGCAGGACGGCUUCCAAGUCGGUGCCCACCUCCACCUCACCCCACUUCUUGGCAAGAUGCAGCUAUGCAACUGGCUGCACAGGGCCAGCUUCGGCACACCAGCCAAGGAAUGGGAAUUCCGGUGCUUCCAUACCCAGACAUCCAUGAAGCUGGGCCCUUUGGAAUGGAUGCUCGCUGGUUUGAAAGCCGGACGCGUCCACAGAUGAGCCCUAGGCAGCACCGCAGACUAGAGCCCAGUCUACAUCAGGUGGUGCUACAACCCUCUCGUCUUUCCCCACUCACCCAAAGUCCCCUAAGUUCCAGACAUGGUUCCCCUGAGCUGAGUGCUAGAGCCAGGCCCCGUCCUGGUAUGCUGCCCCCACCAGACUGUUCUGGCAUUGCCCUUCAGCCUCCAGGCUUCCUACACAACUCACCUCCUUCUUCUGGAUCCCCAGGAAAGAGCAGCCAUGGGGGAAGCCCUAGCUACAGAAUUACACCACCCAAUUCCUCCCCACAUGGUGAUGGACGAAGGAGAGGAGAAGAAAGGGUGCACGCAGAGACGGCGGUGCUGUGCACUGCAGGGUGAGUGUACAAUGGUAACAUUAGAUUGUGUGGGGCAAUAUCAGCUUGAAAAACGAGAAGCAAAGGGUAUAAGGGGAUUCAGAGACCGUUUCUGACAUUUUAUCUAGAUUUGUAGAUAGUCUAACCAGGAACAGGAAGCCUGCUACUACUGGCUUACUCUGGUAUGGCAAGUGUUUGUAUACUAACAGGGUAAUUCACUAUAUAGUGAAUUUCAAAGUUAAGGCCAAGUAUUGAAAUUUUGAUCUUUACUUUCAGUUUGGCUACUCUAGUCUUAAAUAUAAAAAAUUGACUUUAAAAUUCAUAUCUUUAGUAAAUAACUCUGUAAAUAUCCCAUGAUAUUAAUCAAGUUCUGUACGUUUUCUGAGCAUUAUGGGAAGUUAGUCAACAAAGACUUGCUGUGCCGGGGAUCGCCAUCAGUGCCAUUGUCUCUGGUUAGGAACAGCGUGUUAUCUGUAUUCCAUUCGCUCAUUGUCUUGCCAAAUUAAUAAUAGGACAUAAAUAUAUAUAAUUUUAUCUUUUUGCUCCCAGGUUAGUUUUAAGAUGAGCAGGAGGCAGAACUGAGGAUGAAGAUCAUUGGCCAAAUUGUACAUUAUUCCAUUCAGAGGCACGCAACACCUACAAUACACAUGGCACAUGAUAUUAGGAUAAAAUACAUUGCCACUUUACUGAGUAUACAGGGACAAAAACUGGAUACAAACACCCGUACGUGACAGUGCUUCUUGUAAUAGCAAAGUAUUUUCACCUGUCUUUCCAUGCAUGUAAAAAAAAUUCUACUUGUCUUUGAUUGUGCAUCCCUGUAUGUAGAAAGAAGGGGACUAUAUGGCCACAAAGUGGCUACAAUGCAUCAGCUGCCAUCAGCCUCAUCUUUAUGAACCAGAGUGACAAAUGCAGUAUUUAUAAUGACUUCACUGUGAUUGAGGAGGUUUUUAAAUUUAUUAGGAUUUUUAAAGCUGCAUUGCCUGGCUUUGAAGCUGUACAUUGACAUUAUUUAUUUUUAUAUGUAUGUGUGUGUGUGUAUAUAUAUAUAUAUAUAUAUAUAUAUAUAUAUAUAUAUAUAUAUAUAUAUAUAUAUACACACACUGCUCAAAAAAAUAAAGGGAACACAAAAAUAACACAUCCUAGAUCUGAAUGAAUUAAAUAUUCUUCUGAAAUACUUUGUUCUUUACAUAGUUGAAUGUGCUGACAACAAAAUCACACAAAAAUAAAAAAAUGGAAAUCAAAAUUUUCAACCCAUGGAGGUCUGGAUUUGGAGUCACACUCAAAAUUAAAGUGGAAAAACACACCUUCGUCUUGCAGGAACUGCUGGCACACUCAAGCCACAUGAGGUCUAGUAUUGUCUUGCAUUAGGAGGAACCCAGGGCAAACCGCACCAGCAUAUGGUCUCACAAUGGGUCUGAUGAUCUCAUCUCGAUACCUAAUGGCACUCAGGCUACCUCUGGUGAGCACAUGGAGGGCUGUGCGGCCCCCCAAAGAAAUGCCCCCCCCACACCAUUACUGACCCACUGCCAAACCGGUCAUGCUGGAGGAUGUUGCAGGCAGCAGAAAGUUCUCUACGGCGUCUCCAGACUCUCACGUUUGUCACAUGUGCUCAGUGUGAACCUGUUUUCAUCUGUGAAGAGCACAGGGCGCCAGUGGCAAAUUUGCCAAUCUUGGUGUUCUCUGGGAAAUGCCAAACUGUAAGCACAACCCCCACCUGUGGACGUCAGGCCCUCAUACCACCCUCGUGGAGUCUGUUUCUGACCGUUUGAGCAGACACAUGAACAUUUGUGGCCUGCUGGAGGUCAUUUUGCAGGGCUCUGGCAGUGCUCCUCCUGUUCCUCCUUGCACAAAGGCGGAGGUAGCGGUCCUGCUGCUGGGUUGUUGCCCUCCUACGGCCUCCUCCACAUCUCCUGAUGUACUGGCCUGUCUUCUGGUAGCGCCUCCAUGCUCUGGAUACUACGCUGACAGACACAGCAAACCUUCUUCCCACAGCUCGCAUUGAUGUGCCAUCCUGGAUUAGCUGCACUACCUGAGCCACUUGUGUAGGUUGUAGACUCCGUCUCAUGCUACCACUAGAGUAAAAGCACCGUCGGCAUUCAAAAGUGACCAAAACUUCAGCCAGGAAGCAUAGGAACUGAGAAGUGGUCUGUGGUCACCACCUGCAGAACCACUCCUUUAUUGGGGGUGUCUUGCUAAUUGCCUAUAAUUUCCACCUGUUGUCUAUCCCAUUUGCACAACAGCAUGUGAAAUUGAUUGUCACUCAGUGUUGCUUCCUAAGUGGACAGUUUGAUUUCACAGAAGUGUAAUUGACUUGGCGUUACAUUGUGUUGUUUGAGUGUUUCCUUUAUUGUUUUGAACAGUGUGUGUGUAUAUAUAUAUACAUAUAUAUAUAUAUAUAUAUAUAUUGUUUUUCUUUGUCAAGUAAUCAUUUGUCAACUGAAUCAGCUAGUGGCUGCUGAUGACUGGGUGGAUGCCUUAAUAAUGUUAAAAAUAAUGAAGGCAAAUUUGUGUGCAAAGUCUAGAACUUGAAGUCCGACCUCCUGAGAUUUCAUGAACUGUCUUGGCAACAGCAUUUUAGGGAAUAUGACUUAAUGGAUUGGUUUUGGAGCUGUGUUUAAGUACCAGACAUAUCCAGUCUUUGGUAGCACAGAUAUUUGCUGAGCAUGUCUAUGGGUGCUUUUUUAAUUCCAGCGAGUUUGUGCCUUUACCUAACCCUCCUCAGCAUUGUAAUGGAAAAACAAAAUACCAUUUAACAUUUCUUCAGUUUCUUUAGUUCUUAAACUAACAGAAAUAGAUUUCUUCACCGGUGGUCUUGAUCAACCAUCUGCAUUAUGCGGAGGGUCCUGCCAUGCGUCAUGCAAUACUCUGUCGAGGUAAUGGAUUUAGUCCAGCUAAUUUCGACCAUUAGUGAUGGACUAACUAUGGAGUUUGAUCUGCAUUUAGAAAGAAAAAACAAGCUGUACACAAUAAUAAUUUUCUACACUUUGUGCAAUUACAGUAUCAUGAUGAUUGGAUUAAAGAUUACACAUCUGUAAAGUUAGAUUAUGUUCAGUCAUAGUUGUUGAUUCAGAACAAAUAGAAAAAUACAGAUCCUUCUUAGAAUUUUGUCUCCAAGAAAAAUGUAUUUCUCCAACUCAUGGACAAGAUGAUUAAGAAAACAGUCAUCGCUGUUUUCUUCGGCCAUAAAGGCAUCAUCAUUGUUUAAGGUUUUGUAACUAAUGUCCAAAUAACAUUCCAUUAAUUCCACAUUGAAGAUGAGGUUUAUCUAAUUUUUUACCCUCAGAUAAAAAAAAGUAACUCUUUCCUUUCAUUAAGGAUGAAAGGAUUAUUAUAUUAAAAAUCUUUUUUAUGUGACUGCUGUCUAUUAAAUCCAACCACACAAAAUAGAAAAUCCCAACCAUUAUAAAUUGAAUGGUUCGCCCUUAUAUCCACUGAGUGCGGUUUCAGCCCUAUAGCAGGGGUGCCCAAUAGGCAGAUCCUCCGAUGUUUUAAAACUACAGUUUCCAUGAUACUUUGUCAUUCUUAGCACAUGCAAAGCUUCAUGGGAGUUGUAGUUUGACAACAUCUGGGUAUCUACUUUUUGGGCACUCCUGGUCUAUAGUUUCUAGGAAGGAGGUUGGAUUCCGAGCUCCUCCACAAGCCAUAGAAUUUGUUUAAUUGGCAUUAAAUGAGCAACUGGGAGAGUAGUUCAAUAGGGCAGCCAUUCAAAGGUUACAACCCUUCUAGUUGCUUUAUCUAGAAAAACAGUUCUAUGUUAUCUUGUAAUCCUAGCGAUUGCAUCCUUUCUGUGUGUGAAACAAAGCCACAAAAGAUUGUAUUCACUGCUAGUAAUAAUAUCACCUCUUAGGGGUCAAUAAUCAAAACGUCGUCAUGUUUUGUUUACCUUCUGUGUCCACCUCUUAUUCCGUCCAAGCUCUUUAAUAUCCUAUGACCAUAACUGCUCUGUAUAUUGAAUACAUAGUAUUUAAUACAUGGUAACUCCUUGUUUGCCUUCCCAGCCGCCUGAGAUUCCGCACAGCUAUAAAAUCUAUCAUCGACAAGUCGGCCCAGAUCUUUCUCCAUCUACAUUUUCCAUAAUAAAGCUUUUCUAAUGCAUAAUUUAGUAUGCCGAUUUUUUUUCUUUCUUCCAUAAUGAUAUCCUGAAUCCAUACUUCCUCCAGAACACUUUCAGAGAUGCACUAAAACCCCUUUUUCUGAUUUUAUUUUGUCAUUUGCACCUUUUCCAAAAAGUGAAACAUAGAUUUCAGAAUUCACCAACCAAACCACUAACAAACAAAGCAAAAAUCAGCAAAGAUAAAUAUUUUAGUUACUCAUAUUAACUAUUAACUGUUAACUUUCUAGUUUAAAAAAAAAAAAAAAAGACCCGACAAUUGAACUACAACUCCCACAAACCCAUGAUAUACCCCAAAAGCACUAAAAUCGUCUGCUUUUCUCUAGAAGAUUUAAGGGAGUAUCCGUGAUUUCCUGGUUUGGUGAAAGCUCUUUGCAAGAGCUGCCAACACUGCUGUUUUACAGUAAAUGCAAGAACUUUAAUUUUGCGCAUACUGUAUAUUUAUUGUAUUUAUAAUUGUGGUACUUUUUCAAUUUGUCUACUAACUCCAUCUAGUCCUUUUAGGUGAAUAAGAGUAUGAUCUGGAAAUAAUAUAUAUAUUUUUUUGAUUACACAUCCUUUCUAAAUGAAAUUACUUGCACUUGAGGAACUUUUAUGCAGACAAAAUCAAACAUUUAUUUAAUCCACAGUGAUUUUCUGUCCCACCCACAGUACCUUUAUGUAUUAACAGGGUCAUUAUCUUCCUAGUCUCUAUAGUGAUUUUCACGUUAACUUUGUGCAUAAAUUAUAUCUCACAUGCUGUGCGCUAGCAAACCGCUCCUACUCUUGCAGACAGCACUGGGAGAGCACUUGCAAGGGGAAGCUUAUACAGUCACGGGAAAAAGAAAGUACACCCUCUUUGCAUUCUAUGGUUGUACAUAUCAGGACAUAAUAACAAUCAUCUGUUCCUUAGCAGGUCUUACAAUUCGGUAAAUACAACCUCAGCUAAACACCAACACAUGACAUAUUACACUGUUUCAUGAUUUAGUUAACAAACCUAAAGCCCAAAUGGUGAAGCCAUAUGUGAAAAAACAAGUACAUCCUUGGUGAUUCCAUAGGAUUUAAAAGGCUAAGUAGCUGGCAGGUGCUGCUAAUUAAAUGCCCUUGAUUAACUGAUCAUCAGCAAGUGUGACCAUCUCGAUAAAAGACGAAGUUUUAGCAGUUUGCCGAUCUGGAGCAUGCGGAUAUUUGUUAAAACAAUGCCAAGGAGGAAAGUCAUCAACAAUAAUCUUAGAGAAGCAAUUGUUGCUGCCCAUCAAACUGGGAAGGGUUAUAAAGCCAUUUCCAAACAAUUUAAAGUCCAUCAUUCUACAUUGAGAAAAAUUAUUAAAAAGUGGAAAACAUUCAAGACAGUUGCCAAUCUUCCCAGGAGUGGACAUCCCAGCAAAUUCACCCCAAGGUCAGACAGUGCAAAUAUUAAGUAUGAAGCUCAUGCCAUAAAGUAUCCAUCUAACUUUUUUGGCCAUUUUAAUGGAACUAUUAACGUAACCCCACUACAUGAAGGUAACUGUGCUGGCAGGGGAACUAUCACUAUGACAACAUUGAAGAAAAUUUUUAAAAUCACCGAUACCAUUUUUUAAAUGUAUGUUAAAGAUUUAGCAAAUGCUGUCAUUAUCCAGUUCAUAAUCCAGUUCAAGCAAAGCCAGGGCAGACAUUGCAGAGGAAGAAGACAAAUAGAAACGUUGUUUCAUUUCUCUCCUCUGUAGGCAAAAUAUGCCAAGAAACCUGAUGGUGAUAUCGCUGCUGGUGGUGCAGCAAUAGUGAGUUAGAGUUACCUGAAGCUGUCCCCCGUGGGAUCUUAAGCUACUUUAAUUCUAUGUUGCACACUUCAUAAAUAAAUAAUUGAAAUGUGAGUAUAUAUAUCUAAACAUAAGGUUACAAACCUCGGAAGUGACCGUUAAAUAUAUAAUAAUAGUAAAAUAAGAAAACACAACGCCUCAUAAAAACAAUGGUUAUUUUGACAAAAACAUCUGCAUUGUUAAUAAUAAAAUGGAAAUAAAUGUGUUUAUUGGUGUGAUGAUGAUGUUUUCGGUUUGCACCUGGAAGGAUCCUGUGAUUUAAGACAUGGAAGGUACAACCAUUGGAACUGUGUACGAGCAGCAAUGUGGUUAAAUUAAACUCCACAUUGUCACGUUUGUAAAAAGCACAUUUUGUGUUUCAUUCAAUAAACCUUUGUUUUCCUAAGAGUGACUCCUUCAUUUCAUUUGUAGCUGUCAGUCAAUUGUUAAACUCAGGAAGUCAAUGAUUUGUACAAAGAUCUGAGGCUGUGCAUGAUUGAGGUGCUAAAAUAACAGAUAAUCACUUGCAAUGAUUAAUUCUGUAUAAACAAUACUCAGUCUUGUUUACAGGCUACUUAGUACAGGCUGUUAAAUGAUAUUUAAAGGGAACCUGUGGUCUCGAAUAUAACCAUUGUGAUUUUGGGACUGUAAGUUUCCUUCUGCCCCCCACUCCAACUCCAAGCUGGUAAAAAUAAAUGUUUAAGAUGACAUAUAUUUGGGCACUCUAGAUGGGCCGAAUGGUUCUUAUCUGCCGUCACAUUCUAUGUUUUUACAUUCCUUCUUUUCAGCCGUGGUACUCCUUAUCUACUGCCGCCCACCCCCAUGUCUGUUGUUGUUACUGCGAUGUAGCGCAUGAUGCCUAGGCACAUGCCUAGUUCUAAUCUAUUGCCUCCUAGAAAAACAACAUUUGAUUCCCAGACAGUGUACAGGACUGGCAUUGGUUUAGGCUCAUAAAGUUGGAACCCACAGCAAGACGAUGGAGGUGGCUGUGAGUGACAGGUUCAGUUAAGUAAAACUCGCCUUUGCCUGCACCUUGCAGCCCCUCCCUAAAAAGCCCAUUGGGGGUCUUUGCUAAAUGUUUUUUAAUUUUUCAAGGAUAUGUAUUUUGCAGAUAAGAGCUGAAUUGUUCUUUUCGGUGUAUUCCUUUUGGUUGCAAGAAAUCUAGCUAUCUCCUCUUGCUUUGCUGCAGAGAAUAUUGGAACCACUCCACUUGUUUGUCACACUUACCAAAAAAUACCAAUUUCAGUACUUUGUUUGUAUUCCUCCCAUUUACUACUCAGUAAGGUGGCAAUCAUUUCUAUGAAUUUAGCUCUAUAGUUUUACAUGAAGAGCACAUUUACUCUAAUCUCUGAGGUUCAUCAUUUACUGUUCAUACACGUAACAUUGAAGGGUUCUAGAAUUCUAUUAUGUUAGGAAAUGAGACUUCCUAAUUCUAGAUGUUUCAGAGAAUAGUACUGAAACUGAGACUGCUCACCAUGAACCACAUUAAUGAGGUUGUUAGUAUAAAUUUUCCACUAAGUUAAAUUUACAAAUAUUCCUGAAAACACAGUUUUUUACAGUUAAUGGUUUUACAUGUCUUCUUCUGGGUCCAGCUUUAACAUGUUUUUAUUCAUUGUAAAGGGGGAUUAAUGAGUGUACUUACAUUGAAGGUAUACCAGUAACAGGUUAGGCGAUUAAAACCUUUUUUUCAUUUGAGCACAGACUCUCCAGUCUCUCAUUAAAUCUGAGAGAGUUCUAUCUACAUUUAUUAGUGCUAGAAAUGUAAUUAAGAUUAGUUUGAGACCAACGUGUUCCCUGUAAGUACUUUUUGCCAUUCAGCACUGUAACUGUUAAAAAUUAAUGAAUACAACUCCACCUGCAUGGUUUGCAACAGUGAUUAUAAAUUCAAAUCCCAUAUUUAAUGGUUUCAGUCUUGAACCACACAAAGAGUUCUUAUUUAAGGGCACCAGGCCAUCUAUACUUGUAAUUUGUACAUGUGGUAUAACUGACCGUUGGCAUGUUAACGCCAAAUCACAUCACUUUCCACCACUCUACCCAUGGUAAUUGUGUCUGUUUCUGAUUGAUCUCAGCUAUCUGAGCAGUGUUGACGUCUUGAACGCCUCCAUCCAAUAG